AUGGGCGAAGUCAGGCAUCGCUCAGGCAAGCAGCACGUGGGGGCCAUGCUGCCCAAUGGCAGGGCCGGGAGAGCAUCUAGCCAUAUGAGAAGAGGCAGAGAAGGAGGAGUGAGCCAAAAAGAGGGGAAGGCGACGGGAAGCCAGAGGAGAGAGAAAGACUCGGACAAGAAAGCAGCAGCGGGGAGCAGCAGCUUCCGAAGUUGGGAAAGGCCCGGGGGAGGGAAGAAGGACAAGGCACUUUGCAGCAAAGGUAAGAGGAGGGAGACAUUGAUAAUGAUAAUAAUAUUAAUAAUAAUAAUAAUAAUAAUGCAAACUCAAAUGAAUAAAUGCAUCUGUUUAUUUCCAUCGCCUCGUUCUCCGCAUGGAUGCAAUGGGGGUAAAUAUAUAUCUAUAUCAUUGCAUCUCCUGGGUUGUCAAGGGGAGCGGGGAAGAAAUGAUUUUAGAGGAGCAUUGUUCGAGAACGACCAGGGACCCAUCACUUUCUCCCCACCCCAACAUCCCUGCAAGAGGUCCUGGAGAAAAGCAGGGCCCCUUCACCCCAGCGAGUUUACCUAUUGCUAGUUUUAGAUUGUAAAGUCAUCGGGGCGAAUGCCUGCUCGGUUUUCUCAUUGCAAUUGAGUAAAGUGUAAUUCUUGGUUGUUAAACUUUUUUUCUCUUUUAAACACAUUGCACUUGGCACAAUUUUAAUAACUAGCCUUCCAUUCCGUGUGCAUAGCACCAGAAGUGCAUCGCUGUUUUAUUUCCCGAGAAUACAUCUAUGCGCCAGGAUAGAAGUGAAUUGUCUGCUCCCCCUGCCCUCCCUCAAGCACCCAGAGGGGUUGCAGCCAAAUUAUUUGGGCGAAAUAUUGCCAAGAACAUUGGAGGUCUCGCUUGUUCCAUCAGCCCUUGAUGGGAUUAAGAUGACAAAGGGGGUAAGACUUGGGUGGAGAAAGGAAGGUCUGAAAUUUUGAACCAUCCUUGGGCAUGUUUAGAGAGAAAGGGAUACCUGCUUAGGUGUGUUUUGGAAGAAUGGAAAGUUGAAUCAAGAGAGAGACUUACCUCCUUUUCAUAAGUGCUAGCAUGUAGGCAACUGCCACAGGACAGACACAAGGAAGUACUUGCACAUCGCAUAAUGAAAUUAUGGAAUACUUGGUCACAACAUGUGGUCAUGGUUGAUAACUUUAGAUGGCUUUUAAAAGGCUUAACAAAUCUUGUGGAAGUUGGACCUGGCACUGGAUAUCAGUCUUAAGAGCCAAAAUAGAGUCCAUAUUCUCAGACAGUGUUGCAUCAGAGAUGUUUGGGAGCAGAACAAAGGAGAGCUUAAUGUGCCCUUGUGGGCUUCCAAAAAGCUACCAUUGUGGAAAAUAAGUUGCUGAACUACACAGAUCUUAUACCUUGAUAUAGAAUGCCAUUCUUGCUAAAUUUUACCUUACCGUCCUAAAUGUAACCGGGAAAUCAGUAUGGUGUGAUCAAAUCAAUCAUCUGCCAAAGCUUCCUAUGGUUCUUACCGAGUUUUUUUGUUUUCUCAAUUCUUUUAAGGAAAGGUGUUGUAAGUCCUUUGGCUCAUCGGGUAACAGGAGAUUAGCAAGUUUAAGAAAUCAUCACCAUCUCCUCCCCUGGCCUUGCCACACUUUUGUCAAGUCUUUUGCCUCAGCUGUUGACUUCAUUUUGUCUCUGGGCAGACCAUAUUCUCUCUUGAUAGUUUUCUGUAGGUCCUACAGUGUUAUGUUGGCAUGAGCUAAAUGCUAAAAAAAUAAAAAGACAGCAACAUGAUGGAGAGCAUAGCACACAGGAACCUUUAACUCAAACAAGCACAUAUUUCACUACCCACUGAGAGAGCUCAUGUUAUUUUUGCUGUUAAGGAUAUAUGGAGCUGCCUCAUGGUGACUCAAAACAAUGGCUUAGUAUUGUCUCCUCUGGCUGGUAACUGGUCCACUAAUGUUUUGGGCCAAGAUACCUUUUACAUCUCUGCGAUGGCAGAUCAUUUUUAAUUGGAGACAUUGGGAAUUAAACCUGGAAUCUUCCACAUGUGGUCUUUUUCCCUUAGUUGUGACCCCCAUCUCAGAGGACUUUUUACUGGAAGAGUUGUUUAUGUGUAGUAAAAAAGCAAGAAUAUUGGUCAGAGAUCCAGUCUGAGAAAGUUGGAAGGCUUAUUUAAAGGGCAGGUUAUUGGUAACAAAAUAUUCCAGAGCCCCUAUGAUGAAUAUCUUGCCUCCAUCGAAGCAAUGCCACUCUCUGCUGUUGGAGUUCACAUGGGCUAAACAAGCAGGUACCAAACAGAGAAUGCAAGGUGAGGGGGUAAAUAUUAUUGAGAUUUUACUUAGCUGACCUCUGGUAUAUCAUGUCGGAGACAUCAAAGUUAUAUUGACAUGUAAACCUGGGAAAUCAAGAAAAAACAGCUGAUAACUCUGCUGGUCAAAACAUAGAAGUCUGGGUUCUCUUUUGGUAUAUAUCAGUAUUUCACAUCUCUAAGUCGAACAGUGAAUUGUUUUCUUUUACUGUAGAAAGAGGACUGGAGUGUAUAAUUAAUGAUAUUGGGAGUUCUGUGAAGGUUGUUCUGGACUAAAGUGUGUGGGUUGGUUUUGUAGUUGUAGAAACAGAAGGGCACCAGGAUUAUUGCUAACUGCUUAAGCCCAGGCUGCUGACACACAUUUGCAUGUGCUAAUUUAUUUGUACAGGAGCCUUUGGACAAGUUAAGUUGGUAGCUGGCUGGGGUGGGGGUGGGGGAGUCUUACCAACAUGCUGCUUUGGAGGAUGCCCAACUGCCUUAUAAGCAAGAUUAAAAUAUUUUCAAAAUGGGGGGGGGGGGUUAGCUCAGGAGACAUGUGAAAAAUGGGUUUGGGCCCCCGGAGACCCUCCACUUUUGUCUGAUCUUCCCAUAUGCCAAAGCAAGCCGGUAAUGGGGCCGGAGGGAACCAUGAGGUUAUGACACUGCAACCCAGACUUUCUUGUAAGUGUGCAGUUUUGACCUUCUUUUAAGCAGUGAAUUGGGAGCUUUCAGAGAUGCUCUGUUUCAUUCAAAUCAGAGGCUGGAAACCUGGUGCCCUGAUGUUGUAGGACUACAACUCCCAUCAUCCAUGACCAUUGGCCAUUUUAGCUGGGGCUGAUGGAAGUUGGGAACCCAGCAACAUCUGGAGAACUGCAGGAUCCCAGCCUCUGAUUUGAAUGCUCCAGUUUUCAGACCAUAGAGAUGUUCGGAGGGACUAUUCCGGUGUUAAAAGCUUGAGACUUUAUAUAAACGAUACCUUCCCACCACCAUUUUUUUAAAAGCACAAAACAUGCUCUGAGACAUUCUGCCUGAUACUGGUUCCAGCCAGAGCCCACAAACCCAAAGUGCUGCUUAGUUUUCUUAGCUUACUUGUAAGCAAGAUGAAAGAUGCACUUUUAACUCACAGGUUCGUGGUAUCCGUGCAGAUAUGAGGGAUUUUAACUGUGCAGCUGAACAGCUCUUUACACAUGUGUGUUAUUUAAAAAUGGAAAAAAAAUAAGAAUGUAGGCAGGCUCCAUUGAAAUCCAUGGUUUGUUGCUUUCCCUCUCCCUUGCCCCAUGCCAUCUUUCACUGACUCCAAUCAAAGACGGAUUGCAGCCAUAGAUUUCAGGUAUGACCUGUGUUAUGAAAGCACAAAAAUGACAGACUCAGCCUGCUUGAAGCCAUGCGUUGGCUUCUUUAAUAAAUCAGAGUGAAUAAUGGGGAAAGAUGAUCUUGAUCAGUGUUUUUGUGCCUUGGCUGGCACCUUCCCACCCACUAUCCUCCGCUAAUCCAGAACGAGACCUGUCUGUUAAGUAUCCAUUGAACUUUCUUUACAAAGCAAAGAGGGCAGAUUACUUGGGUUGGCUGGGCUGCAUAGCCCUGUCUGCGGUUUGCCUGCCUUCUGAAGGUGGCACACGCUUGUAGAAAUUACAGUUUCUAAAAACCUGGAUACUUCUGCAGUCGGAUGGCGUAACAUUUGGUGUAAUAGUGGUGAUCUGUUGUGCUUCUUAAGCAGCUUGGCCAGUGUCAUUUCAGUGCUUUCCCCCCAAUUGUCCAAAGGGAGAAUUAAGGUCAAGGGAUUAGGUGGUAGAGAAGAGGAAGGACUUCGACAUUUCUUUCUCUGUAAGUUCUGUUAGGAACCAGUGUGAAUAGCUAAUCGGUGCUAGGGCAUUGAGCCCUGUGUGUCGGUCCGUAUCUAAUCACUUGCAAUGGCUGUGGACUGUCUCGUCUGAAGACCAGUUGCUGGGGAAAGUGCUUUAGUCUUCAUGCUGGGCUUUCCAUAGGCUGUGAGAGCAGGAUUGUAGAACCAUAGAGUCCAACCCCCUGCAAUGCAGGAAUAUGCAGCUGUCUCUUAUGGGGAUUGAACCUGCAACCUUGAUAUUAUCAGCUUCAUGCUCUGAGCUUUUGGUCUGAUGCAACAGGGCCCUUCUUAUGGGUGCAGUGCUCUUACAUUACAGACACAAAGUCUUCCUGAAUACCAGAUCUGAUGCUUUCUUUGUCUUGGGCAACAAUGGACACUUAAUCUCUUGCUUUGCUCUCCUUAUCUGUAUACAGGAGACAGUGGAUAGGAAUUGAGGUUAGCUGUGUGGUCCUUCUUCCUAAGUGUUGGCUAAACUGUUACCGCAGACUCAAGCUUGUUGAAUACAACUGGUUAGUUUUUUAUGGGGUGUUUCCGUUUUGGUCGGCUGGGUGGUGGUCAUUAUGGUCUAGAUGUUGGGGAAACUGUGAGUGAAGGCAGUAGAGGAUGGAGCCGUUCUUAACAUUUGCAUUAUUUUCUGUGCUUUAACCAGAAUUCUUAAGACACUCCUGCUUUUUGUGUGUUAAAUUUACUGUUAUCUGUCCAGGACUUUGGGAUGAAUCAGGCAUUUGGGAUGAAGCAGGUGCCUACCUGCCUUUUAUUAUCAGUCCGCACUACAAGAUGCAUCAGUAAGUCUAGAAACAACGUAGUAUUUGUCAUGAUUUUUAUUAUUUAUUGGUCCAAACAAUAAUUUUAAAGACCUUGCAAGAUUUUUAGUGUGAUGGAACUCUUACAUCAAUCAGGUAAAAUGGGCACUGAUCUAGAAUAGCGGUUUUCAAGCUAUAUUCCCAGGCGCUUAGUGGUUCCUUGCCAGGCAAUCCUGUACAUGUUUAACUAGAAGUAAGUCCUGUUGGCUUCAAUGGGAUUUACUCCCAGGUAAGUGAGUAUAGAAUUACAGCUUUAGGAGCUUAUUGGAGGUUCUGCAAUGGUUGACUAACCAUUUAGUUUGGCAGCAUAUGGGGGGCUAUCAGUGUUCAAAUUUAAAAGGUAAAAGGACCCCUGACCAUUAGGUCCAGUCGCGGACGACUCUGGGGUUGCGGCGCUCAUCUCGCUUAAUUGGCCGAGGGAGCCGGCGUACAGCUUCCGGGUCAUGUGGCCAGCAUGACUAAGCCGCUUCUGGCGAACCAGAGCAGUGCACGGAAACGCCAUUUACCUUCCCACCACAGUGGUACCUAUUUAUCUACUUGCACUUUGAUGUGCUUUCGAACUGCUAGGCUGGCAGGAGCAGGGACCGAGCAACGGGAGCUCACCCCGUCGCGGGGAUUCGAACCGCCGACCUUCUGAUCGGCAAGCCCUAGUCUCUGUGGUUUAGACCACAGCGCCACCCGUGUCCCUUGUUCAAAAUUAGCCGGGUGCCUUUUGCACCUGGCUAUUGGCCCCUUGCAACUAAGUGAAUAUGCAUGGGCUCCAGGAUAGUGCCUGACAUCUCCACUAUCUGGAGGUGCAUGCCUGGGAAUCAUUGGUUCUUGACUGUUCUCACACACACAUCCUGUAGAAUUCUAUCAGUUCUUCAUUUACCCUACCCCACUGCCCUACAUUAUGAAUGGCCUGUAUCACCAUUAAGAAAAAUAGGUUGCAAUGGGAUCAAGUGACUUGUCUUCUUUAAGUUCUCCAAGCUCUUAACUUAGCUCAAGGUUGUCUUCUGAACCAGCCAGGUGUUGAACUGAUAAUCAAUCACAGCCAGUUCAUCGUUUGAAAAUCCAAGACUUGAGAGCCACCUGGCCCCAAGAUGGCAACCAGACAUUCUGUUUGGGCGACUGUAACCAUGGUUUAAGGAGCCAUUUGGUGCCUAACUUAUACAGUAUAUCUUGAGUUCCUAACACUGUUUCUAAACCUGGCUUAUACCUGCUGAUUGGCUCUACCUGUAGGGCCUAGGAAAGGUUACUGUCAGGCUUGCCUUGUUUGUUAGGGAGAAAAUGUUCAAUUGCAUCGGGGAAAGGAAUGUUUCGGCAAUUAGGUAUUGGGCAAUAUUUAAUAUUCCAAUCCUUUUGCAAGCCAAGAUCCUGUUCCCAGUAUUUGCAGAGGGGCAAAAGUGACGGAGGAAACUCAACUGCUGACGUAGCCACGCUUUGGCUGAGCUGGCCUCCUGUCUGUUAGCACAAGGCAACUUGCCAGCUGUUACACCUUUUUGUGGAGUCGAAACCCCCGUUGAGAAUGGCAGCUGUUCUGCCUGAGAUCAGGCAAGCAGAACAAGGAUAUGGAGUCCUUCCUGUGCAUUUGACAGCUACUUGAGGAAGGCUUUGAAUAUUUAUGGUUGAUGUGGCAUUUUGUCUUCUUGGUUUAAUUUGGUUUUUUUAUUUCUUUUAAAAAUAAAACCUUAUUGUAUGCUGAGCACCAGUUGGGAGAUUGCCCCGGAGUGACGAUGCAUGUUAAUUUAUGAGAGCAGGAGGACGGUAGCAAUUCCUCCAGUCCAUUUCCCAUUUAAUCCAUAGAAGUGCAUGGUCAUUCCUGGACCCACUUUCAGGGAACCUAAACCGAACAUCUCUCCCCUGUAUGACUUGGCUCAAGUAAGUCUUUUGCUAGCGGUGCUUGCAUUUUAUUUAUUUGCUCUUAGAACAUUUUCUGUUUGUGCUUCUCUACAAACCCCCUCCCCUCCCCCCCAAAUAAAAAAGUUCUCCUUUUUGAUGGAUGCCAGUGGGGAAGCUGCUAUGGAGUGAUGGCGCAUAUUAAUGUUACAAAUUUGGUCAGAGGCAAACAGAAAAGCGAAUGGCAGGUGCAAGGCCAACAGCAAUGCUUUGCUUACUCAGCAAAAGCAGACGCUGAGACAGCUGUUUUGCAUGAAGACUUUUGUGAAAGGAACUGAAAUGUGGCAACCUGUAAAAGGGUAAAAAAGUGCUGGGAAAUAAUUCAUAGUGAAUUGAAAAAAAAUGUUUAAAAGUACUUUUCCAAAACAAUCCAGAGUCCUUUUUGUUGGGGAUAAUUCAGACUGAAAUUCCCAGGUGUCCAAAAAGGUUAUUUAUGUAUGCCACUACUGCGGCCCAGGUUUUGUUAGCCCAAAGAUGGAAAAUGCGCGAGGUCCCGACCAAAGAAGAAUGGCAACUUAAGCUGAUGGAAUAUGUGCAGCUUGCAGACCUAACAUACAGAAUAAGUCACAGGCUUCCUCAACCUCGGGCCUCCAGAUGUUUUUGAGACUACAGUUCCCAGCAUCCCUGACCACUGGUCCUGCUAGCUAGGAUCAUGGGAGUUGUAGGCCAAAAACAUCUGGAGGGCCGAGGCUGAGGAAGCCUGGAAUAAGAGAACAAGAAAAACAUACGUUUGAAGAAGAUUGGAAAAUGUUUAUUGAAUAUUUUUUGGGGGGGGGAUUGUGUACACUUGAAAACGUUGGCAGCAUUAAGAUAAAUUCAACAGUGUACACAAGUUUUGAUGAAUGUAAUAAUGGAAUACUGAAUGGUUUAGUUAUGUAAAAUGUGCAGGGAUUUAUGAUAGGCGAAAUGAACCACGGAAAGAGAAGAAGGGAAGUCAUUGACGUUUUAAGGUUGCUUAAACGAAUAUUCUAUAUUGUAAAACAGAACAUUUCGUAAAAAUUAUAAACAUAAAAAAAAUACUUUUGUGAAAGCUCCUUAUGCAGAUUUUAAGAUCCUGUGCUGGUAACCAAAGAGUGUAGGGCAGGGGUCAGCAAACGUUUUCAGCAGGGGGCCGGUCCACUGCCCCUCAGACCUUGGGGGGGGGGGCUGGACUAUAUUUUUUAGGGGGCAAAUGAAUGAAUUCCUAUGUUCCACAAAUAACCCAGAGAUGCAUUUUAAAUAAAAGGACACAUUCUACUCAUGGAAACACACGGAUUCCCGGACCAUCCGUGGGCCUGAUUUAGAAGGCGAUUGGGCCGGAUCCGGCCCCCGGGCCUUAAUUUGCCUACCCGUGCCCUAUAUGAUGACCUGUUUUUACAUGAGUAGAAUGUGCCCUUUUAUUUAAAAUGCAUCUCUGGGUUAUUUGUGGGGCCUGCCUGGUGUUUUUACAUGAGUAGAAUGUGUGCUUUUAUUUAAAAUGCAUAUCUGGGUUAUUUGUGGGGCAUAGGAAUUCAUUAAUUAUUUUUUUUCAAAAUAUAGUCCAGCCCCCCGCAAGGUCUGAGUGACAGUGGGCCGGCCCCCUGUUGAAAAAGUUUGCUGACCCCUGAAUAGGGUGACCAAAGCAGUUUCUGAUACUCGGGAACCUUGCUCAAGAAGGGUAAUCUUUGGUUAGGACCCCUUGGUUGGGGGUCUGUGUGGCCCCCAUGCAGUGUAGGAGUUAGAGGGGAAAGUGGAGUUCUUUGUAUGGAAUUGCUUGUCUUGUCACGCUCUUUGGAACUGCUCCGAUCUCCCUUCUUCCUGUCAUGCUCUCCUGCCCUUUUCUGUCAGAUUCGGAGCGCUAUUUGACAACAGCGUCUGGAAGAUUGAUGUGACCUCCGUUCACAGAAGACCUUUGAGAAGCAGGUCUCUUGCAAUAUUCUGGGGGGGGGGGGAACGAAUCCUUUGCAAGUUUUUCAUGCCUACUCUUGAAAAUGAAAUGGAGACUUGUGUCUCUUUUAGCGCCAUGAGAAGUAAGCAAGUGUUUGUGGUGGGUGGAGUUCUUCCAGAAUAGGGAACUGGGUGCAAUUCAUUCUCUCUCUACCCUGGCAAAAUGUGGGUUGUACCCAAAGCAGGAGUGGGGAGGAGUGAAAUGAUGGGGGCAUGGCUCUUGGGCCUGAAGAAAUUAGACACACCUUCGGUUCAGAGAUGCAACAGAAUUUACUGCCCUCAGAGGAGGCACAGACAGAAAAGUGAUGCGUGCUGAGAAACAGGAGGUGAGCUUCCCUAAGGGCAGGUAGUUCUCUUUCUUGCACCUUCUAUGGCUCUGUGCACAGCAUUUAAAGCUCAACCUUUCCCAGGAACCCUGGGAAUUAUAGUUUACUCCCAUUGGACUUUCCAGCACCCAUAACAAACUACAGUUCCCAGUUUUGAGUGGUAGGGGAAUCAUGCUUUAAAUGUAUGUUGUGUGCACAGCCUAAGAAUAAAGUUGCUGUUUUAAGUGAAGCGUACCAUCACUUUUAAUUCAGAGAAAAGUGUUCCUCUACUGCCAGACGUUGGGAAGCCAAGCCCUAUGGGAAGAUGCAAAUGUUUGAGAGUUGCACAGAGGUCUUCUGUGUCUUUAGCAGGUGCAUGGCAGACAGAAACCUGGCCAGCACAGUCUUUCUCAGCUUGGCACUAUGGCGUUUGGGAAAAUGCUGUGUUUCUGGUGUGGGCAGUGAUGACCAAACUUUGGCCCUUCAGCUGUUUUGGGAUUACAGUUCCCAUCAUCCCUCACCACUGGUCCUGUUAGCUAGGGAUGAUGGGAGUUGUAGUCCCAAAACAGCUGGAGGGCCAAGUUUGGCCAUCACUGGGUGUGGGGAACCUUUAGCCACCAGAAAAAGAUGGCAGUCCUUGGUUGGUAUCUUGGAACUCUUUUAGAAAUCUUAAAAACUCUCUAGCCCUGUUCAGGUGUUCAAAGAAUAUGUGAGGACACCAUGUGUAGGACCCAUGUGCACACCAGCCUCCCACUUCUAAUGUCUCCAUCUCUUCCGCCCCCAAACUCAUGAUCUUUGACUCCCCUAAUGGGGCUUCUGUAAAUGCAUGCUUAUUGUGGGUUUAUUCUGGCCUCCUUUGGGAAUAAGAAUGCAAGGCCAGCCUUUAUCUUAAAUGCUCAGUUAAGGGUGGAUUUGCUUCAUGUGCUUGGGUCUGUUUUCAUCCUGGCAUCUUGAUGGGGUUUCUUUUAGUUGUGGCUCCCAAAUGCAUCCAUGCAAAAGCUGGCCCUGGGUCUGUUGGAGAAACAAGUGCUUUGACGGUUCUCCCCGCCACGUUUGGGUGCUGUUGAGAGUGUGCAACUGUGGCUUUCAGCAGAGAGCUCAGUGUGACUAGGGAUGCCGGAUGUGUCCAUGUGUGGAUGUCCCAUUAAAGAAAGGGAAGGAUAGCAGGACCAUUCGUAGCUGUGUUGACUUUUCAGCUAGCUUGGUGGCCCAGGUGAUGUGGAAAUGACUCUGCAGCAACGCGUUUGACAGCAAAGGAAAGAUGUAGCUUGAGAAUGCCUGAUUGACUUGUGAUCUCUCUCCUUUUAACCUCACUGGCCUGGUCCAUUAGUGGCAGGGCGUCUGUAGCUGAUCUCAAAGGCAGGGGAAGAAGAGUUGGUCUGAUUUCUGCCUUUUUGCUGCCCUCUGUGAAUUAAAAUACUGCGCGUCCUUGUCUGUCCUCCUUCAUGCCAUAUCGCAUGCUGUUCAGCAUAGUAAUCGUCCAUCAACUGAGCAAGGGGUGAGCAGGAUCCUAUUUUCUCAUGUUCUCACUGUCGAGAGAAGUCUAUCAUUUCUUUAUUCUCCCCAUUUACAACUCUGUGCUCUGAGAUCCAAAGCUGUCUUUGCGUGUGUACACACUGUCUUCCCUUGGAGCAAAGAUAAUUGAUUAUCUGUCGCCGGUUACAUGCAUAAGCAAUUGACAGCCUUCAUUGGGUUUGUCUGGGCAUGUUGAAUUGCGAGAUUUCUCGGAUUUAACAUCCAAGAAAACCACUCUGCCAAGAAAGCUCUACCAGGUGAUUCCCAAUUUCUGGUGGCCAGGGGACACUUUGCUUUCUUGCACUGCAAAAGGUUUCUCCCUCAGUGUGAAAAACUUAAUAAUUUCCUUGCCUUUCCAAUGGAUCGUUCUUGCUAUUAUUCUACUUGUAUUGCUGCUCUGAGGCUGCUGCCUGUUUAGAGGAGAAUUACGAUGCAAGCAGACUUUCUCUGCAGAGAUCCCCAUAGGAUGGGGGUUUGGAAUUAUAGGCAUCUUGAAUUAUUUAAUUUCUCACAGCGCAGCUAGAAAUUCUCUUGUGGUCCAAGCUUUGGGAAUUGUUUUUCUUCCUGAAAUGUGGCUGGAAAGGACGGGAAAAGCAAAGCGAAACAACACUUUCACAAAAGCACCCUGCCGGUCUCUUCAGUUCCUUUUUUUUCUCCCCAGUAUCCUCCAACUUUCUCUGUUGAUAAAGGCUCUUCAAUCAGCACCCUCAUCAGCCUGAUUGCUUUCUGUGUAAUUGCGUCCUUAACGCUCUCCUGCAGUGCUGAGAUUGUGGUGUCUUCAGGCUUGAAAAUGGAAAGGAGAGAACUUUUGGUGGAUGCCUUUGUCUUUUAAAAUUUGCUUCUAGUUAGUACAGUGGUACCUCGGGUUACUCCUGCUCACCUAGCAGUUCGAAAGCACCCUUAAGUGCAAGUAGAUAAAUAGGUACCGCUUUAUAGCGGGAAGGUAAACGGCGUUUCCGUGUGCUGCGCUGGUGCUGGCUCGCCAGAGCAGCUUCGUCACGCUGGCCACGUGACCCGGAAGUGUCUUCGGACGGCGCUGGCUCAUGGCCUCUAGAGCGAGAUGAGCACGCAACCCUAGAGUCGGACACGACUGGCCCGUACGGGCAGGGGUACCUUUACCUUACCUCGGGUUACAUACGCUUCAGGUUACAGACUCUGCUAACCCAGAAAUAGUACCUCGGGUUAAGAACUUUGCUUCAGGAUGAGAACAGAAAUCGUGUUCCGGUGGCGCGGCGGCAGCAGGAGGCCCCAUUAGCUAAAGUGGUGCUUCAGGUUCAGAACAGUUUCAGGUUAAGAACGGACCUACGGAACGAAUUAAGUUCUUAACCUGAGGUACCACUGUAGAAUUAUACACGGCCUCAGAUAUUUGGGGUGACGGGUGAUACAGAAACGUGAACGCCAGGGGUCAGCAAACGUUUUCAGCAGGGGGCUGGUCCACUGUCCCUCAGACCUUGUGUGGGGGGCUGGACUAUAUUUGGGGGGGGGGGAAUAUGAAUUCCUAUGCCCCACAAAUAACCCAGAGAUGCAUUUUAAAUAAAAGGACACAUUCUACUCAUGUAAAAAUCAUGCUGAUUCCCGGACCGUCCUUGGGCUGGAUUUGGAAGGCAAUUGGGCCGCAUCCGGCCCCUGGGCCUUAGUUUGCCUACCCAUGGGAAGGCUAUAGCUGCCUUUAAAUGUGAAGGAGGAGCAUCUGUGCAGAAUUCAUUCCUUUUGCCAGAUUUAUUUUGCAAGGUAUCUUGUCUCCAUGCCCCCCACCAGUCCAUCCACAUUCUCAAGGAAGGUGCUAAUUUGCAAAACAUGUUUCACGGAGCAAUGGGAAAGUGGAGAUCUCAUGGGGGGGUGGAUCACCCCUUUCCCUAAAACCUACCAUUUACAAAAAUGUUUGCCUGAAAGGAGAGCAUUUUCUAGCUCUUGUAAAACAAGUAAACCUGGAUGUUAGAGAUAAGGGCAGCACACUGGACUCCCAGGCAACUUAAAUACAAUUCCUCCAAUGAGCUCCCUUUAGGUUUCCAAGGGCUGUGGGAUUGAGUACCACACAAUUGCUUGGGAAUCCAGUCUUGCGCUGAAGACCCGCUGGCUGAGGUGUUUCAGGAUUUGGCCUUGAUUGCGCAACAAUGGGAUCUGGCCGUGACAGCGCAACUUUUAGCAAACCAUAUCGCAAAGAAGCGUUGCCAGUUAAAACCCAUUGUCUGAAGUAAGAACCAAAUCAAAUAAAGGGAAAGAAGUACCCAGCCUCCUCACACCUUUACUUUUUGCUUUUUUUAAAGUUCCUCGCAGUUAAGAACAACACCUCCCACUAUCUCCCAACAUUUCUUAGAGACUUCAAAGGUUGUAGAUCCAAAGUGAUUAUUAAGCUCUAUCCUUUAUUCCCUCAACCCUUCUUUAAUCUGGUUCUCUGCUUGCUCCAGUUAGCAUAGGGACAAUCACUUGAACAGAAGUAACUGCCUUGACUUCCUCUAUCUCCUUUUGAAUUUGGGCUAAUAAUAAUAAUAGGCAAUAGUAAAACAUAAAAUCUCACUAUUACCUAAUUUACCUGCUGGAGCAGGGGCGACCCUGUCAUCAUAGUAACCCUGGUGAGUGGUUUUGUCAAUGCCUUUUUAAAAAUAAAUUCCUUCCCCGGAAGACAAGUUCAAAAUAUUAUACAUAUUUGUACUUUUCUGGGACUAAUGGGUUGAGAGCACGGUCAAAUGCUUUUGAACUUCCAUAUUCUUUUUGGAAAGCUUUAUUUGGUCUCGACUUGGUUAUUGGCACAGAGUGGACUCACCAAAAGCCAAAAAACCACAGUGGGACUGAAAAUUCAGUCUGGGUAACAUUUGCACUAUACAUUUAAAUUACAUGGCUCCCCCCCCAAAGAAUCCUGGGAACUGUAGUUUAUUAAGAGCGCUGGGAAUUAAGACUCAGUAAGGGAUAAACUGCAGUACCCAGGAUUCUUUGGGGAAGCCCAUGUGCUUUAAGGUGUGGGUGUGACCUUGAAUUUGGAAAAAAGGCAGUCAUUUCUGCCUUGGAGGACAGAAGCUCUUAUGUGCCAUCACUCCACUUUGUUUCACAAAGGGGAGCAUCCAUGCAUUCUGUGUCCCCCCCCCUGCAUUUCGAGUGGUACUGCCCAUUAGGAAUAUUGUAUUACAUGAUUUUCCCCCUGCAACUUCAAUGUGACUACCAUUGGGGACUCUGCUGGGAAGCAGUACCUCCAGAUCAGAGGCCAUAUUAAUUUACAUUCUAGGAUUUACAUUUUUCAUCCGAACCUUUAAAAAUCACUGACCUAGUGUAAUCUAGUGGGUCAGUGAUUUUAAAAUGUUCUGAUGAAAAAUGUAAAUCCUAGAAUGUAAUUUAGAGAUCACACUAGACAAGAGUUUCAAAAAGCAUGGGGAAAAUGCAGAGAAUACUUCACAAAACAGUGCCCUAAAAUACAUACCUGGACUUGUUUCAAUUAAUGUCUGCAGGAGACUUUGUGGAUAUUUAAGUUAUAAUUAGAAAAAUCUUAAUAAUUAUUCAUAAAGGAAACAGUUUAUUAGAAGCAAAUAAGGAGACCAGAUACAGGAUAAAGGAAGUCUUUUAUUUGGUUGUUUGUAUUGUUGUAUGUUAUGCUCAUUGUAUGUUAUGUUCACGUUUAACAAGGGUGGAUUCGUGUGUGUGGGGUUUAUGUUAUGUUGUAAAUAAAAUUCCAAUAAAAAUUUAAACAAUAAAAAUAAAAUAAAAUCACUGACCUAGGUGUAUUCUUCUUUUUUUUUUAACAUUUGCAUUAGGUAGCCAUGUCCGCCAAAGCAAUUUCGGAGCAGACGGGGAAGGAAUUCUUGUACAAAUACAUCUGUACGUCCUCAGCCAUCCAGAACCGCUUCAGAUAUGCCAGAGUGACUCCUGAUACAGACUGGGAUCGGCUAAUCCAAGAUCACCCCUGGCUCUUGACUGAGGUGAGCAGAACCGGCUGUAGUUGUUGUUCCCCACCACCCCACAAAGCAAAAACCCAUAAAGUAAGAAGCUAUACAGGCCCGGAACAAAAUGCUUUUAAGCCUCCUUGUUGUGCAGACAAUGGAACAUACACAGCUGAGAAGUUCAUCAGCAUCAGGAACGCUUACAUAAAGGACUCCACAUGAUGGAGGAAGAGGAGCUCUCCAAAGCAGGCUAAACCUUUUGCCCAUGGGCAAGAAGUCUUUGGUCCCCUUAUGUGCUGGCAUUCGUCAUGCUUGCCUUGGUGCUGAAAUAGACCCUUGUCUUCUCGUUUAUAAAAGAUAAUGAUAAUACAUUUUUAUUUAUACCCCGCCCUCCCCGGCCAGAACUGGGCUCAGGGUGGCUAACACCAAUAAAAUUACUAUAACACAUCAUAGGAAAGAAAAACCCCCAGUUAAUUAAAAUACGGGUUAAAAUACAAUUUAAAAUGCAGCCUCAUUUUAGUAGUAGCCAUAAAUCAAAACCAUAAGGGGAGGGAAACGUAAGGGUCAGACAGAGUCCAAACCAAAGGCCAGGUGGAACAGCUCUGUCUUGCAGGUUCUGCAGAAAGAUGUCAAGUCCUGCAGGGCCCUGGUCUCUUGUGACAGAGCGUUCCACCAAGUGAGGGCCAGUACUGAAAGGGCCCUGGCCCUCGUUGAGGUCAAUCUAACCACCGUGUGGCUCUGGACCUUGUUGUUAUUUGUGGACUUUAAGGUCCUCCGUGGGGCAUACCAGGAGAGGUGGUCCCAUAGGUACGAGGGUCCUAGGCCGCAUAAGGGCUAGGACAGUUGGCUGACAAAAUAUUCAAAAAUCAUUCCUUCUUUUUUAAAUUAGAAAGACGACAAAACUAUUGUGAUCAUCGGCAGCUUUGAUUCCUCACCCUAGUUACAGAAGCAAAUCAAGUUAGCUAUUAAUAUUAACACGUUAACAAGCCUGGAUAGCUCAGUUGGUUAGAGCAGGCAUCCCCAAACUCGGCUCUGCAUAUGUUUUGGGACUACAGUUCCCAUCAUCCUUGACCACUGGUCCUGUUUUCUAGGGAUGCUGGGAGUUGUAGUCCCAAAACAUCUGGAGGGCUGAGUUUGGGGAUGCCUGGGUUAGAGUGUGGUGCUGAUAAUGCCAUGGUUGCAGGUUUGAUCCCUUUAUUAUGGGGCAGCUGCAUAUUCCUUCAUUAUGGGGGGGGGGGUUGGACUAGAUGAUCGUCUGGCUCCCUUCUAACUCUACGAUUCUAUGAUUCACAGUAUUUGACCAGUCGGCUGACAAGUGUGGCCAGUUGCAUGUUUGGGGUGCAAACUUUAACUGGCACAGAAUCUUAGGUCCUCUGUGUCACCCCCUUGGAAAGUUUUAGGGCCUCGCCCCAGUUUUUAACUGUGCAAGGAGACAUCCUGUCCCCAGUUCCUUUCUAUAGCUUGAUCUCCUGGCUGCCAUCCAGUUUAAUCACAUUUAGCCAAACACAGAUCUGCCACACAGUCCCAUUUCUCUCUCUGAUGGAAGGCAGCUGUACUGCUGGCUAAUUAAAUACCCUGCAGUUAGUUAUGUGAGUCAGUGGCUGGCAUGCCUCAGCGAGGAGAAUAUAGUUUUCCGUGAGCUUUGCCGGAAGGCAGCAAGGGCUCUGGGUGGCUUUCUGAAUUAAUUCAAGGAUUAAUAGGAUCCUUAAAGCAGGAGCUGGAAGAAAUAUUUUCGGAUCCUUAAACGCUGGCAUGAAUGUUUCGGCUUGCGGUUAUGUUAGGGCACUCGCUCCCCUGUGGUGAAUGGAAUUACCUACAGCUGACCAGACAGGGAAGUGGAACAAGCACCAAUGCAAUUAAGGGGAGGCAAUUUAAGACAGUUAAAGCUAUGGUUUUCCCAGUACAGUGGUACCUCGGGUUACAUACGCUUCAGGUUACAGACUCCGCUAACCCAGAAAUAGUACCUCGGGUUAAGAACUUUGCUUCAGGAUGAGAACAGAAAUCGUGCUCCGGUGGCGUGGUGGCAGCAGGGGGGCCCCAUUAGCUAAAGUGGUGCUUCAGGUUAAGAACAGUUUCAGGUUAAGAACGGACCUCCGGAACGAAUUAAGUACUUAACCCGAGGUACCGCUGUAGUAAUGUAUGAAAGUGAGAGAUGGACCAUAAAGAAGGCUGAUCGCUGAAGAAUUGAUGCUUUUGAAUUAUGGUGCUGGAGGAGACUCUUGAGAGUCCCAUGGACUGCAAGAAGACCAAACCUAUCCAUUCUGAAGGAAAUCAGCCCUGAGUGCUCACUGGAAGGACAGAUCGUGAAGCUGAGGCUCCAAUACUUUGGCCACCUCAUGAGAAGAGAAGACUCCCUGGAAAAGACCCUGAUGUUGGGAAAGAUGGAGGGCACAAGGAGAAGGGACAGCAGAGGACGAGAUGGUUGGACAGUGUUCUCAAGGUUAUCAACAUGAGCUUGACCAAACUGCGGGAGGCAGUGGAAGACAGGAGUGCCUGGCAUGCUCUGGUCCAUGGGGUCAUGAAGAAUCUGACGCGACUAAACAACAACGACAACAAUUUAAUAUAAUGUCACCCUCAGAAUUUACAUUACUUUUGCUAAGUCGUGGUGAAGUGUACAGGGCAUGGGACCUUCGAUUAGUGUCUGAUGAAAGCUCAGCUCAGCCAUUUUCCUCCUCCUUCAUCACUAGCUUCUUAUGACUGUAAGCAAAUUGGUGUGAUUUAAAAUGGGGCUGGAGAAUCUCACUUGUGGCCCUGCGGGCCUUUUUGUUUGGCCCUCAAGACUCUUCCCCCAGACGCACACAUCUUUCUCUGGUCCUGUAUCACAUUCCAGAUGUUUUUGCCUGACUGCAAUGUCUCCUUGAAUUCUUACAAUGCCUCUUGCUUGUCUGGAAUGAGGACGGGUGGUGGUGGAGGUCUGUGUAUAUAGGAACCAACCUCCUGUGCAUUAAAAGGAAAGGUGGGACGUGCAUUAAUUCUUUACCAAAAGGUGGACCGUGUUGACCGAGAGUCAUGGGAAGUCUGAACAGCUGCAGGUCACUUCUUGACUGCUGGCGUUCUAUCAUCCAGCUCUUCCACAAGCAGUUGGUCCCUUACCUUUCUCUCCCUGAUCUGGCCACAGUGAUCCAUGCGACGGUCACCUCCAGGCUUGAUUAUUGUAAGUCGCUCUACGUGGAACUGCCCUUGAAGCUGACCUAGAAACUCCAGCGGGUGCACAAUGUCGUGGUGAGGCUCCUUACGGGGUCCUUGCCGCGGGAUUACAUUCAUCCAGUGCUUUACCAACUGUACUGGCUCCCGGUGGAGUACAGGGUCAGGUUUAAGAUGCUGGUUUUGACCUUUAAAAGCUCUAUGUGGCCUAGGACCCACGUACCUAUGGGACCGCCUCUCCUGGUAUGCCCCGCGGAGAACCUUAAGGUCCACAAAUGACAACACUUUGGAGGUCCCAAGUCGCAAUGUGGUUAGAUUGGUCUCAACUAGGGCCAGGGCCUUUUCAGUACUGGCCCUGACUUGGUGGAACGCUCUGUCACAAGAGACUAGGGCCCUGCGGGACUUGACAUCUUUCCACAGGGCCUGCAAGACAGAGCUGUUCCGCCUGGCUUUUGGUUUGGACUCAGUCUGACCCUUAUGUUUAUGGGCUACUAUUAAAAUGAGACUGCAUUUUAAGUUGUAUUUUAACCCGUAUUUUAAAUUGGUUCCCCCCCCCCUUUUCUUUACCCCCCCAUUAUGUUUUUAUUGUAAUUUUACUGGUGUUAGGCGCCCUGAGCCCGGCUCUGGCCGGGGAGGGCGGGGUAUAAAUAAAUUAUUAUUAUUAUUAUUAUUAUUAUUAAGCCAUGAGGAGAAAACAAUGCCUGCGCAGUUGUGACUGCUUUCUUGUGCUAAAAAUGUGUACAGAUUGCUUCCAGGAAGCAACACAUAUCUAUUAUCUUAGCUGUGCUGGUUUCUUUGUUGCUUCUGCUGUGUGACCUCUUUACAAGGAGAGCGUACGAGAACCUAAACUAGGCCUCGCCCUUCUCGGAAACUGGCAAGUUGUUUGCAAAUUUUUCACUUAUCACCUGUAAGGCUAGUUUUCCAGUUUUGGUUUUCCUUUUGCUAGAACAUUAGCAGUGGCAAAAUUUUUAUCUGUGGUUGCAAGAACCAAUGAUCCCUAUAUUCUGAACAAAAUGCUUGUUUAACCUGGAGGUAGGCCGUAUGACAUGUGUAUUGCUUUGGUCUCCGGACCAUAAUAAAGAUAGUUGUUGUUGUUGUUUUUUCCAAAUCCCAGCGUCUCGUGGUGAAGCCUGAUCAGCUGAUAAAGCGGCGUGGCAAACUUGGCUUGGUGGGGGUGAAUCUUGACCUGGAACAGGUGAAGGCCUGGCUGAAGCCGCGUCUCGGACAUGAAACCACAGUGAGUGUUGCCAUUCUUUCUCUGCCCCACCUGCUUGACUGAGUUGUUGUCAAGAUGAAAUGCUGCAAUAAGCUUCCUUUUGAGGACGGGCAGGAUAUUAACGAAGCAAAUAAAAAGCGACAAGAUUAAUUUAUGACCUUGAAAGAAGGCAUUUUCCGUGGCAGCUCACUAAGUUGUGAAACUGAGGCACCUUUAUUAAUAUAGCUUCUGGUGAAUGCUGAAGACACACCUCUUUACCCUGGCCUUUGAGGUGCAUCUUUUUAAAACUCACCUUAUUUCUGUAAUUUAAAAUUAUUUUAAACUGUUUUUAGUAUUGUGCUUUAAUGUGGUAACCCACCCUGGGAACUUAGGGUGAGGGCCAGGGAAAUGAUAAUAAUUUUGUGAGAAUGUAGCACUUCAUAAUGCAGGGGCGAAUAAUACCCUUUGUUUUCGAUAUCUGGGUGGGGCUUCUCAUUCAGAGUAUGUUUGUUUCUCAUUUUCCACAGAUUGCCAAAGCUAAGGGCAUCCUAAAGAACUUCUUGAUAGAGCCUUUUGUUCCACACAAACAGGUUAGUUUUAUUUGUACGCGAAACAUAACAGUUAUUGCGGGAGCACAGCUUUAGUCUUGCAUCAUAAAGGCUGCAACUCCUUUCCUCCAAGACCCUUUCCCCCAUGGAGUGGCUUUUAUUAAUCAAACCAAAGAAUUUUGAAAACCUUGGCAGAGAAAUUGGAUAACCUCCCCUUGAGGCAACGAACACUGUUGCAGGGAGGGGUAUUGGAAGCUUUCGGCCUGCCCGUAUUCUCCUUCAUAUACUUCCGUUGGUUCCGAAAACGCAAAAAAGCUCUGCUGCUCUUUGGUCUGGGAAAACCUUUACCAUCCUGGUGUCUCAAAUCCACAGGCGGAGGAAUUCUACGUGUGCAUUUACGCAGCCCGCGAGGGAGACUAUGUGUUGUUCUACCACGAGGGCGGCGUGGAUGUGGGGGAUGUUGAUGCUAAGGCUCAGAAGCUGCUGGUGCGCGUGGACGAGAAGUUGGACGAACCCAGCGUCAAGAAGCAUCUACUGGCACAUGCCCCGCCGAACAAGAGAGAGUAAUUCUGAAAUCUUGCUCUUUUUAUACACAUAUUAAAAUGUUAAUUGUGGGUUAUGGACAGUCGUGUUUUACAUGACCGUGCAGGGUAAGUACCCCAGCUCUCCCCCCCCCCCCCCCGAGUAGAGCUGGGCGAUAUAUUGAUAAGUUGUCCGAAACUGGUAUGGCGUUCAGAUUGCAGCAGCUCCAGUUGCCUGCGGAUGAAAAAGGCUCAGGCAGGCAGGCAGAUCCUGAGAAGGUUCUGGUGAGCACCUUCUUGGACUCCAUCUGCCUAUGCCCUUGAGGAAGCCCCCCGCCCCUCGUGAGCCUGAGCAGCAUCGGGGCUUGCUCAGCUGGGGGGUGGUGGUGGAAGGCUUCCCAUCCCCCAUCUGAGCAGUUUUAAUGAAGCACCGACGCUCCUCGUUUGCACGAGAGCAGGGGAGGUAUCUGGCCUCGCUCACUAGGGCUGGGUGAUGCAUCCCUGCUGCUGUUUCUACCUCCCCUAACUUGGGGGAACAAGAAGCGGGUGAGAUACAUUCCAGACGUUGUGGUAUAUCAGCACAUCACGGUAUUUAGCUGCUCAUAUAGCACAGUGUUGAGAACCAGCCCUACUCCUGAGAAGAGCUCUGUUUUGAAGUCAUCCAAAAGGUGUCUUCUGGUUUGCUUUUACAGUGGUACCUUGAUUUACAACCAUAAUCUGUUCCGGAGGUCCGGUUGUAAACCAAAACAGGUUGUAACCCAAGGCGCACUUUCGCCAAUGGGGCCUCCAAAAAAAGGGGGGGCUUGUAAAAAAAAAGAAGAAAGGGACACACACUUCCGGGUUUGACUUUGUUAUAAUCCAAAACGGUUGCAAACCAGGGUACCAUUGUAUAUGGUAGGUAGAGGUUCCCGGGAAGGGUUUGGAAAAUGCUUCUAGGCCAGCUUUAGUUUAAAGGGACAGGAAGGAACUGCUUUUCAGUACAGUGGUACCUCUGGAUGCGAACGGGAUCCGUUCCGGAGCCCCGUUUGCAUCCUGAAGCGAAUGGCAACCUGCGUCUGCUCGUGCACGGGUUGCAAUUCGCUGCCUCUGCGCAUGCGCGUUACGUCAUUUUGAGCAUCUGCGCAUGUGCGAGUGGUGAAACCUGGAAGUAACACGUUCCGUUACUUCCGGGUUGCCGCGGAGCGCAACCCGAAAAUGCUCAACCUGAAGCAACUUCAACCCGAGGUAUGACUGUAUCAGAUUUCAGUUAUGUUCCUCCUCUAGCAUCUGAAGCUGUCAGGCAGGACUUCCACGCUCAAGGCCCGGGUAUACCUGUGGCUGGGGCAGGCCAGCCCUAUAGUGGUUGGCUGGGCUUGCACCAAAGCUUGUAGUUGCCACUUGCUUCGCCCCCUCUGCCCCUCUCUGGACAAGAUCCCCUCCAACCAGCCAUUCCCAAAGGAGACACCAGUGGAUAGGGGAACAUACCCUUCUGGACAACAAUGCUUGAAGGUGCCCUGAACAACUUUGGGUAGCAGUGCCCAGCUCUCCUCCGCCUGCGUUCCUUGCUGUAGCAAGAAAAGCCGGCCCAGGGAGGGUUUCCUGUUGGGCCCUGCAUGGCAGAGGCUCUUUAGGCAUCUUGACCAAACAACCCCAAGCCUUCAUCUCGGCAUAGGAGCUGGGGCAGUGGCAGGGACUGCAGCGCAACCCACAGGACAACCCUUCACCUGCCUCUGCGGCUUCGAAGUCUGGAGGAAGGCCAGCAGCUCGCUAUAGGGAAGUGCUGCUUGCUAUGGCGAGCAUAAUUGUCUGAAGUCCACCUGUGGUCUUUAAGAAAAGCAUCCUUAGUACUCACAAAGGUUGGUAGAGAAAACAUCCUCUGUUUUUCUCCUGUCCUUUUUUUGUUUCUGUGGUGGUGAACGGCUGGGUUCUUCCCCCCCCCUUUCUUUUCUUUUUAGACUAAAAAAUCAUUUUCUCGACAAGGAGGUGCCCUGCUGACAUUUUGAAGGAGCCUGCUUUCCUUUUAAUGUCGUCUUCAGGCGGAUAAUAAAUGGCCUUUAGGGAGGGAUCGCGAUGGCAGAUGACGCAGUCCCAAUGUCUGACUCAUUCAGGCCUGGGCGUCUGAAACCUCAGCUGGACUGAGGGCAGACAGACUGAAGGAACUAACGAUAGGGCUGUAUAACAGGCCCAAUGUGGAGUGUCUUUGGUGUGCACCCAUUUGGUUUGGAUGAAUUUGUCUGUGUCUGUGUCUGUUUUCCCAUUUUGUGUGUGUUUCUGCCUUCUUUAUAUAGUGUCUUGGCGAGCUUCAUCUCUGGCCUCUUCAAUCUUUACGAAGACUUAUAUUUUACAUACCUGGAAAUCAAUCCGCUAGGUAACUCCUCUCUGUUGUUUUCAGUGAAAUGUCCACAUCUCAUUCAUUCUGUAUUCUGCAGUUCUCAAUUAUACGGCGAAGUGUGGUAGAAUAGAAAAUGAAGAUGGAGCACGGGCCGCUCGCUGCAGACAGGCAAUGCAUUUCCAUGAACUUGUUCUUGUCAGAGUAAUUUAAAUUAGGCCUCCUCCACAAACAGGGAGCGUAGAAAGUGUCCAUUAGUCUUUGAGAGCGCUGAUGCAAGCGAACCUUUCCAGAGAUUAAUUUUGAUGUCCAGUUCUCACAAGCCUCCAGAAACGAGGGUCAAACUAGAUGCAAUAUAAAAUGCACUGUCGUCAUUCUCCCUCCCUUGUGAGUUUAAAAUAACAACCAUGUCCCCUCUCAGCUUUAAAAAUAAAUAAAUUAAAAUAAACAAAAGGGUGAAUGAUGAAGAACAAUGAUGUUUAGCAUCACAUCUAGUCUGGUCCUGAGAAAUCCACUUUGAUCAGAACAUGUAGCAUCCUUUAUUUCCGAGGAUCACUUAAUAUUUUUAUUUAUCUAGGAAUUUUAUUUGACAUGGGAUAUAUUGUGCAAAUUCACUGCAUCCUUGCCUGCAUGUAGCAGGCAUGGUUGGUGUAUUGCAUGAUGUGUGACUUUCCCUUCCCCCAGCUCUAUAAUUCCCAGGGGCUUCUUUUGGCCUGUGGUGGGUAUAUGCAGGAAGCAGAGGUGGGGGUGGGGAUGACAAAUUUGCCUGCCACUUCUUGUUGUUGUUAAAUAUACAUACUGCUUAUAUGCCAAUAUGGCUUCCAAGUGGUUUGCAACUAUAAAAUCAACCCACAAUUAAAAUACACGUAAUAUUAAAACAUCCUUAAUUGAAAUAUACAAUCAAACAAAUAACAAAAAAAGCCGCUAAAAACCCACCUCUCAGAUUAAAAGAACUAAAUACUUAAUAACCAGACCCACGUGUCUUCAUGAAAAAGGAGGGGGGACGACCCACAGAUCAUCAUUAAACUAUUAUGCACUUAAUGCAUUCAGGAGAUAGUUGUAAGAGAGGUAUUUGUAAGAGAGCACAUUUCUAUUCAGUGAAAGUUGGCUUAUUCAUGUGUUACGCAAUGUUACUGGCCUUUCACCCAGUAAAGAUAAAAGGGAAAAGUCUAGCUCCUCUUUCAGGCCCUGAGGGAGACACAUUUUUUAAAAAUACUUCAGGAUCCACUGUGUUUAUUUUCUAAGUAAAGGUUUUGUUCUGAGUCUUUGGAUGCUUUUGUUUUGUUUUGUUUUCUGGGGUACUCCUGUGAUGUGAAGCAGCCUGCAGCCAUGUUCAGAAUAGUCAGAAGUAGUUUGCUGCAGACUAAAAGGCACUUUGGCACAAAAAUAUCACAGAAAGUGACCAUGUAUGGAGUUGACCUUGUUCAGCAUGGGCUGGCUGUGGGUCUUGGGUAGAUGUUAGCCACCCCUGUCUUUUCUGCGUCCAGAUUUAUUCCAGAAGUGUGCCCCAGCCAUUGGAAGGUGCUGGUUGUGCUAUGAUGGUGGAUCUGGUUCAGCACUCAACAGGGAAAGACCCCAUGAAAUUGAGAACCAUUUCCUACCUAGGCAACGCCUUGAAACUAGAUGUUUUCCAUUCGUUUUUCCUUGUUAGCUGGUUCAUGCUGACCUCCUCCUCCUUCUUCUGUCUCCCCCUCUCCCUUCACCAACAAAGUUGUAACCGCAGAUGGCGUUUAUGUUCUUGACCUUGCUGCGAAGAUCGACGCAACGGCUGACUAUAUCUGCAAAGUGAAAUGGGGCGAUGUGGAUUUCCCCCCUCCCUUUGGAAGAGAAGCUUAUCCAGAGGUAAAAGAAAAGGGCUGCUCUUAGGGUGGUGUUAGGGAAUUAAGGUAGCCUAAGUGCGUUCUGUUGAGCGUGAGGCUCCUUGACUUCAGCUAACGUGCAAAAAAGCCUCCAUCUCGAAAUCCGAAUUCCCAUCAGAACAGUUUGGUCCCACUUUGGUCUCCCAAAAUCCCCUGUGUCUUGUUGCUUGGCAGAAUGUCUCCAGCGUUUAUCUGAUGCUCUGGCAUUUCUUAAUUUAGUAAUUACAGCAAUUGCACAAAAUACAAACCAAGGUGGAAGGUUGUUGUUUUUUUUUAAAAAAAGAAUUGUUGUCUAGCCAAGAAAUCCAUUUAGAUACCUCUUUUCUUCCCUGCCUGCCAAUCCCCAUUAGUGUGUUAUGGCUCAAGUGCUGACACUUAACUCAAUUUGGCCAGGUUUCUAAUGGAUGAGUUUUAAAAAAAAACAACACAACCUCACUGAAUCAUCCCCCUUGCCAGGCACUAAUGAAGACUCUUAGACUCUACACUUGUUAAGAAUGUUAAUGAACUUGGGCCUGGCCUCUGCAAGAACAGAAAUGAAUGUUCUCAAAAUGCACAGGAUAGGAGCAGCUCCCAUAGGAAGGCCCAAUCUCUGUUAUUAACUGAGGUUUGGGCCCCUACCCAAUCACUUCAUCAACCCCCUUUUUCUUCGUACACCUUUCUUGAACAUUGGUUCUUUCGUCCGUCCCUCCAGUGGUAGCUGUGGUAGUUUGGCUAGCCUUGGAGAUGAACAGAAAGCACCCCUCCUGUUUUUCACUGGUUUUUCUUUCUCUCAUUUUGGGGGGUGCUUCUACAGCAUUAUUUGGGACCUGGGGUAGUCCAGCUUCCUUCCUCUUCAGAUCUAAUAUUUGCACCAGAGAUUUACAUUGGCCUGGAAUCAUUUAACUAUAAUUUAUCAGAUUCCCAUAGCACCUCACAGUAUAAAAUUGCCAGGAUGACAAGUCUGGUAUCCAUACUUGACAGGGUGGGGCAAGCACAGGGGCCCAUUAUCCCUGGAGGACCAAACACAACUGAUACCUGGCUGCCUUUUUUAGAAAUAAUAAUAAUAAGGUUUUUUUUUAAGUGGCUUGAUACUUUGAAGAGAAACCCCGGUCCAGGCGGUGGCUGAAUCCCUCCAACGUUGAUCUUCAAUACCUCUGCCCCCAUCAAACACCACUGGGCAGAUAGAGUUGUGUUGCUUUCAACACUGCCACCCAUCUCUUCUGCCUCGUUAGUUUUUUUGGGUGAAAGAGUGGGAAAGUUUAUCAUGCCUGUGGCCUCCUCAGACCUGGCCUUGACCUUACAGGCUUGUUUACAUUAUUAUUAUUAUUAUUAUUAUUAUUAUUAUUAUUAUUAUUUUCAGCUUAACAGGAGACUUGGGUUGAGAGAUCAAGGGAAUGCCUGUGUAAAAGGUGUGCCAAAUGUUGUGACCUCCCUCAAGGAAUCAUGGAAUCGUAUUGAUGUAGGGGGAGAGGAGCCAUGAUCGAUGACACACCUUGUAAAUUCCUGAGGGUGGGACUAGAUUUUAUCUUUGGAAACAUUGGUUUCAAUAUACGUGUUUGAAAACACAGAAAUGAGUGCAAAGAUGUGCACCUUGCCCCAUUUUGACUCCAGAAAAGACAUUUAUCUGGCUUCAUAACUCAAUGAGUGAGCGAGUGUCAUUUAAAUUGAUCUACGGGCAUUUGUGGGGGAAAAUGGAAAUAUGGGGAAAGGAUUACUUGCUCCUCCUUUAUUUCCCCCCACAAAUGCCUCUGGCUUUGUGUUAUGAGAGAAGUGCGGAGUUUACUGUUUUGUCCUUAGAAGUUUUGAUUCUAAUAAUAUGUGGGCUCUUGUCUGCAGGAAGCCUAUAUCGCUGACCUAGACGCCAAGAGUGGAGCCAGCCUAAAGUUGACCAUCUUGAAUCCCAAAGGCAGAAUAUGGACCAUGGUGGCUGGAGGCGGCGCCUCCGUAGUGUACAGGUACCAAGCACAUAUCUUGUGGGAGUGGCAGCUGAAUAAUGUAUGGUUCAUCCUAAACUCCAAGUUCCAUCUUUUGAUUAGUCAUCGUUUGCUCUUCCUUGCCCAAUCAUCCCACACGGGUUAAUCAUUGUUGGAAUGGAAUGAUGAGACUUUUGAGAGGUCCCUGGAACUCUCUCGGCGGUACAUUGCCCUUAAUACUUAGGAGAUUUUGCUGUCCCUGAAAUGGAGCCUACGCUUAGGCCUUAGACAACAUAUUCCAUAUAAAUACACAGACUGAUAACCUGAUACAUGAUUUGCCACCCUGGGAAUCUCUGCUAUUUUUGCUUUGCUUUCAAAAUGCAGUUGUAGCAAAAAUGUAUAGUGAGAAUUCUCAGGUGUUUAGGCUUGUGGAGCGCGGCUUCACAUAUCAAUGCUUGAGAGGCAUGGUGGUCCUGCCACAUUUUUCUCCAGUUGCCAUGGUGGCUGGAAGAAACUGUGCUUAGGCUCAGUUAUGACCACUGCUGGGUAAAUUCUUACCAACACUUAACUUUGGGAAGCCGAGCAUAUUUUAUGCAAGAUAAUUUGAUACGCAUGCACACACUUCAAUUCUGCUAAGCGGGUUCUAAUCCUCGCUAACUAAACUGGCUUCUCUGCAAAGUUCAAAAAAACCCCACCUCCCACUGUUGGCUGAGCUGCUGUGUUGUCACAUGAACAUUUUAUUUUAACUACUGUGGCGGGAUUUUCUGACUGAAGAGCAGUUCAGCCAGGCUAGCUGAUGCUCUUGCCUCAGUUCCUCAUUGUGAACUAGGAAUGCAGCCUCGUUCUUGCUCCGCUUUCCACAGGGUCUUAUGGGCAUCCUUAGUUUCGCAGACUGAGCCGUCUUAAUAUCACUUGUGUGCUUUCCACUUAGUGACACCAUCUGUGACCUUGGUGGGGUGAACGAACUCGCCAACUAUGGCGAAUAUUCCGGAGCGCCCAGUGAACAGCAGACCUACGACUAUGCCAAGACUAUCCUCUCCCUCAUGACACGGGAAAAGCACCCAGAAGGUAAAAGAGAAUGUGUGGGGUGGGCGGCACUUUAAGCCUGGGGACUGUUAGAAUUCCUCCUCCAUGAUUGCAGUCAUGGGAUUGUUGUCUAUCACAUGAUGGUGUAUGUUUUGACUCCACAGAGUGGGAAGUCACGGAGACAGGAUGUUUAAGUUACUCUGUUCCACGAAGUGGGACUAUUGUCCCUCAUUCUUUUUCUCUUUGCUGUCUGAUGCUAGAGAGAGAGGGAGCCAUGUUGCAGUGCUGCAUGUGUGUUAAUAUGCAAAUAAAGUAGAUUAGCCAAAAUGCUGAGUUGCUGAGGUCUGUUAUGCAUGAUGCGCAAACUCUACAGAUCCCUAAUUGUGCCGGUGUCUGUUGGCAUCGGUCGCUAUGAUGUUCAGGCUGAAGAAAGCUUUUGAAGCUCCCGAACGAUCGACCAGGAGGGAGAGAACAUGCCAGUUGGGCAUGUGUCUCUGCCAGGGUCCUACUCAAGUGUAGGCCGAGCUUCUGACAGGGACCAUUCUGAUUGGCCCAGGAGGCCAUGCCCAACCAAAUCCCCCUCUGACCAGCCAUGUUCCACACCUUCCUCGAGCAUUUUUGGCCUUCCUGGAAUGAGCCACUGAACUGUGAUAUUGUCUCUUGGAUGCGGAAUGGAGAAAGGUGUGUUUUGUGUGUGGAUGUAGAAACCUUGGGUGCGCCUUUUGUGUGUCAGGAGUGUGGUUUACUGUGGAAAGCUGUUUCAUAGAAAUACUUGUUGCUCUUCGACGCAACACCUUGGUGGUCGGACGUUGGAACCACCGUUCUCUUGAACCCAUCCUAGUGCCUAGAAAUGACCCAGUUAAUGGUCCAUGCUGGGCUGGCCAGGAAAAAGAAUGUGACAACAAGCAAGGGAGAAGCAGAUAAAGAGAAGAGAGGGAGCUGGCAGGUAGAGAAACUCAGAUGGGGAAGGAGGAGAAGGUCAAUGAGAGGUGAGAGGAGGAGGGACAAGAGGAAGGAACAGUAGCAGGAAGGACCCGGUUUCUGACCUGGAAAUGCUCCUACCUGGCUCAGUGAAAGCCGAGGGGCAUCUUAAUGGCCUCCUGGCCCCACAACCAGCUAGAUCCUUUGGGGACUGAGACUCCCUGCCCCAGUGGUCCUCUAGGAAGGCCUAGCCUCAACCAGACCCUACAGGACUUCUACCCUGGUGCAUUUUCACCAACACCUUCCAAAGAAGCUGGUAAGCAUUUAAGUCCUGCAACUGCUUGCUGCUGAAUGUGGUGAUAAUGAGUGAUUGGGUUUGUGCAAAGCUUUCCAAAUGACAGCUUUUCUCCCACCCCCCGAGACAUCUAGGUGCAUUCAGAAUUUCUUCAGGGAACCAAUGUGUGCAUGUUAUUUUAAAAUGACCAAUGUCUAUAUUGGAGCAUCCUCCUGGCCAGUGCUGGAUUUACAUAUAAGCUAAACAAGCUAUAGCUUAGGGCCCCACUCUCUUGGGCCCCCCCCCCAAAAUUAAAGGAAAACUGGAUGUACCUAUUACUAGAAAUACCGUCUUUUACACUCACUAAGUGUAACAGGGUACAAAGGUCUGCUGUUCCAAUGAACAGUGUGGGCUGCUAUGGUGAUAUUGACAUUAUAUAAAAAAUCCAUUGUAUUAACGACAAUUGCAUUGUACAGGUUAUAACCUUAAUUUCAUAUUAAUAAAGCUAUUUAUAAUUAUUAGUAGUUUGCAUCAUAUAUUUACACCUAUUAUUAUUUCAUUUUAUAGUGAGUUUCUAGAGACUAGAUUAUGAGUCUUUGUAAAUUGUGUUUCUAAAGGAACUCUUGUUAUUGCCAAAUGCCAACGUGUUUGCAUUAUUAAGUUUGUUAUGAAUAAAAAAUCAUUUUAAGUUAGAGCUUAAUAAUUAUUUCACUAUUAAUAUACUACUACUUCGUUGUAUUUCACUGUUAAUAUACUUCUUCUUAAUUGUAUUUCAGUUCAACAAUUACUUUGAUAAAAAUACAUAUUUUGUUAGGUGCAAAUGGCUUUAGAUACCUAUCAGGUCCAUCAAUUAGCAUAUAGCAUAUAUUCAACACAAAAAACAGCGACAAUUUGUUGUUGACAAAGGACAGCUGGACAUAUAAAGGGCCUCGUUACCUUCAGUAGCUUAGGGCCUCAUCAAACCUAAAUCCAGCCCUGCUCCUGCCUAUCAGCUGCUUCUAAAGCACUCCAGGCCUAGGAUUAUGUUCUGGUAUUUCUUAACAAAUCAAUUCCUUUCUCUUCCCUCUUGUUCCUUCCUCUACCUUGCACAGGCAAAAUCCUGAUCAUCGGAGGGAGCAUUGCUAACUUUACCAACGUGGCUGCCACCUUUAAGGUAAAGUUGAUCCCGAAAAGGUGCAUGGCACUGGUCAUUCAUAUUGGCAUCCUCAUCUGAGUACGCUGGUAAAGAAACAUUUACGUUUUGCUGAGUUUCCAGGGUGGAUUCGAACUGAAUUGAAUGGGCUGUUGACUCAGCACUGUCUGUGCGAGUGCCGAGGGAACUUAGGUUUUGUCUGGGGCAAGUGCUGCAGCGCUGUGAUGAGGUUCAGUACUCUUGCGAGGAUCAAAAAAUAGGAACUGCCUCUAGUCUUUCAUCCUAGUUGCAGUGCACUGACCAAGGUAGCCUGUCCUUCAGCUUCUGUGGUGAGAGGAGGCAAGAUCAGGCGAGGCAGAGAGAUGUGGUGUGAGCAUCGUUAAUGUGGAUUUUGUUGGCUUGAUAGCUAGAGCUAGCCAUGAGUGUCUGUGCAUGAUUCUCUGUUUUUAAUAUUUCCUUCUGCAGGGCAUUGUGAGGGCUAUUAAAGAUUAUCAGGGUCCUCUGAAAGAGCAUGAGGUCAGGAUCUUCGUGAGGAGAGGAGGCCCAAACUACCAGGAGGGCUUACGAGUCAUGGGGGAAGUAGGUGAGUAACCCUGAGGAUUAUUUAAACUUCAAAUACUUCCUGCUUCCUCAUUUGCUUUCAUUUGUUUUUGCUCUCAGCCCAGGUCCUUAGCCUCAUUUAAAGAGUGCUGAUGACAGCUGGCAACAAAGGUUUCUCAAUAUGGCCCCUGGGGUUCCCCAUCUGACUUCCAGCAUGGCUGAUGAAAAGAACCUUCAUGCCCCUCAGCCAAUCUCUUGAACUUGAGCCCAGAAGCAGGAGAAGGAAAGCCAGCAGACUUUCCAGUGCUUGCUCUGUUCAAAACAUGGUUCUCUGUUUAAAAACCAGUGGCUGGCCCCAGGGCAUUAAAGACUUGGUAACUCCAACUUUUGACAAUUCGGGCUACAUUUUUUUUAUGCUGCUAGAUUAAGACUUCUCUCUUACACUGUCUCCCAGUAGUACUAAACUUAACCGGUGAUGGUCAUUGCUGUGUACCCAUGAUAAAGCAAGGCCUCUCUUUAACUUCACCAUACAGUGGACGCUCAGGUUGCGAACAUGAUCCAUGUGGGAUGCACGUUCGCAACCCACAGCGGCGCAGUGCGUUUCUGCGCUUAUGCGCAAAGCGUGAUUUAGCGCUUCUCCGCAUGCGCGACUGCCGAAACCCAGAAGUAACCUGUUCUGGUACUUCCAGGUUUCGGCGGUCCGUAACCCAAAAAAACGCAACCUGAAGCGUCUGUAACCCGAGGUAUGACUGUAUUUCUAGAGCGAGUCUUUGCCAGGGAGGCUGCAGCCUGCUCUGAUUCUGCUCUUUUUCUUUUGCAUUCAGGGAAAACUACUGGCAUUCCUAUCCACGUCUUUGGUACGGAGACCCACAUGACUGCCAUUGUCGGCAUGGCACUGGGACACCGGCCCAUCCCAAACCAGCCUCCCACGGCAGCCCACACGGCAAACUUCCUCCUCAACGCCAGCGGCAGCUCCUCGGUAAGGCUGGUACUGCAAACCUGAGAGCCGGAGUGGUUAACAGUGUCAGACUAGGACAGGGGAGUAAAGGUAAAGGGACCCCUGACCUUUAGGUCCAGUCGUGACCGACUCUGGGGUUGCAGCGCUCAUUCGCUUUAUUGGCCGAGGGAGCCGGCGUACAGCUUCUGGGUCAUGUGGCCAGCAUGACUAAGCCGCUUCUGGCGAACCAGAGCAGUGCACGGAAACGCCGUUUACCUCCCCGCCGGAGUGGUACCUAUUUAUCUACUUGCACUUUGAUGCGCUUUUGAACUGCUAGGUUGGCAGGAGCAGGGACCGAGCAGUGGGAGCUCACCCCGUUGUGGGGAUUUGAACCGCCGACCUUCUGAUCGGCAAGUUCUAGGCUCUGUGGUUUAACCCACAGCGCCACCCACGUGCCACCAGGGUUCAAAACUCCAGAUGGCCUUGAAGCUCGCUAGGUGACCCUGGGCCUAGUCACUGCCUCCCACUCUAACCUACCUCACAGGGUUGUUGCAGAGGGAUUAAAGGAGGGAGGAGAGAACCUUGUAAGGCCGCCUUGAGCUCCUUGCAGGAAAAGGCGGGACCUGCCGGUAAGAAAUAAUAAUAACCCUAUAGCACAAGGGUGGCUUAUUUCCUGGCCCGAGGACCCACACUGAUCCAGCCACCCCUUCAAGGGUCACAUGCCAGUUCACGCAUAGAUCACAUGCAGGCACACUCAAUACGCAUUCAUGCUCGCCACAGGAACAAAUGCACACAAACUUAGGUAGACAGCCCUCCCUGCUCCAGCACUGGGAAUGUUGCCUUUUAUGCUUAAAGAGUAAGGAUUUAUCUCCUGUCUUGGUGCUGUGGCAUUCAGUACUAAGAUGAGAGGUGGAAGUUUCCUCUUCCUGCCCUUUAGGGGAGAUUUCUAAAGAGCAGGCAGAGGGAUUUCAUCUCCUUCCACUGUGGUUUGGUGGGCUGGAUUGGGGCUGUGUGUGUUAGGGAGCCACUAACCCCCUUUUUUCUGGCUUCUCUGUUCCCCUUCAGACCCCAGCAACAAGCAGAACGGCAUCUUUUUCUGAGUGCAGACCCGACGAUCUGGCUCCGGCAAAGAAGGCAAAGCAGACAACGCUUUCUGGUAAGCUCCCGGUUUCUCUCCCGUUUCUUCGGAUUCCCUCGCAGUGCUGCUUUCGCAUUCCUGCGUGCUCUCCCUUUGCACUGGCUGCUGGAGCGUGGAAAUCGGAAACGUAAUAUUUUCAGGGAAUCCUUUCCAUGUCUGUCCGUUCGUCCCCCUCUGCCCCCGCCCUGCCAAGGAGCAUUUCCCAUGGAAUCCCUGCAUUUUGCAGAUAAUUUUGGUAGCACGCUCUCUCCUUUUGCAUGUUGCGUUGACCGGGUCUGUUAUGCCUUGUUUCUUGCCUUGAGGAAAAACCCCUAGGCAUCAUUGUGUCUUUCUUUAAAUUCAGGGACGGGGUGGGUGGGUUGGAGAUCUUCUGAGCAUCGCCUUCCACUGGAAACCUCCCCGUCAGCAUAUGAGCAUGUAACAUCUUUGCACAUAGCACCACCCACUUCCUGAUUUGUGCAAGGCAAGGUUUUUAGCUUCCGUUGUUGGCAGCUGCAAUGUGAAACCAGUGCUGUUUGCAGGAAUGUGGCUCUGGGUCUGCCUCUUGUGGGAUCCUCUCCCUUCCCUGGAACUUUUAUCUCCCACACCAACUCUCCCUGCACAUCCCUGGGGUUGAUGCCCCAAAAUUUGAGAUCCACCGAUUCUGGGCCAGUUGCCCGCCACGAUAGUUUUCACACACAUAUCCUGCCCCGCAUUGACUGACACCUUUCCCCCUUUCCCUACUAUCCUGGUAAGAUUCGAAAGAGCUCCUGGGUUCCUAGACACCUGGUUUGAAAACCACUAUACUUAAGAUUGCAGUCGCUUAAGCCCCUAUCCCAACUAUCCCCCCCACCCCCGAGCGUAAUGUGAGACGAAAGCCAAGACAGGCAGCCUUGUCGGAUUUCUUGCAAUGGUGAUUCUCUCUUUAACAGAUGCGUCCCCACCUCCGAGACCUGUUCAAGGUAGGACCCCACCACUAGCUCAGCUCAGUGUCCAGCCUUGCUACCAGCUGCUUGUGCAGUUAUUUUUCAACGGGUGUCCUGUGUGGUUUUUGGUUUGGGUUGGCCGGUGUUAUUCCUGCUCUUUACCCUUGCAGUUUUGUUGCCUGGUUUGUCCCUGUCCCCUCUUGUCCCUGGUAAUGUGGCUUUUUAAAAACACCUCUCUCUAUCUCUCUUCUUUCCCCUCUUGCCUCUUAUUUAUUUUAAUUUCCCCCCCUAAAACACAAUUGUGGGAAAAGAAGGGCCUAUGAUCACCAACUACCAUAUUAGUCUGCAUAUAAGUCGCCCUCGAAUGCAGGCCACACUCCUAAAAUGAAAUAUCUUUGAAAGUGGGGAGGAAAAAUACCGUAAAUCGCUGGCAGCAUCCAGUGUCUUUCUAGAUUCCGCUCACAAUGAACAGUUCUCUGGGCAACCAGUGCCACCUGUUGAGAAGGACGGGCAAUGGUUAUACAAAAGGUCCCACCUUAAACCACAGCUUUUCUAUCUGUUAAGACUGUGACUAUAGACCUGUCUCAGGUUUUAUGCAAGCCAGAAUUGGGAAAGAGUGCAGACUAUAUUCAGACUGAUGUGGUAUUAUUGUCAAGUCUUUGUAAACCUCUCCCUUGCUCUCAGGGUGGUACAGUUCCAAUGUAAUCUUUAUUGGCCCUCCUGCUAUUGAAUUGUGAGCUGGUUUGCCACUGACUUUGCAGGUGUCAGGCAUAUAGUGCUUUCACCCCCCCAUAGCCAGUGGUUUUUAGUGCAGUGCUACAAAUUCAGACAGUGUGUCUCUUUAUCUUUUCCUGUCUCUAUUCCUGCUCUUUCAUCGGCACCAUCUUAUCCUUUAGUCACUGGAGUUUAGAGUAAGCUAUUCUUGCUGAGGAAUUUUCUGUUGGGAAUCUUCAUCUGCUAGAUUUUAAUAGACUCACAGGAAUGCAGUGCUAUAGUACAGGAGAUGCUAUUCCAACAAUGACAACAGCGUCCUUCAGUCAAAAUAUUCCCAGGAAGGAUCACACCAAUAAAACCAUUGCAAAACAAGUUUUUCCCCUGUGGCUUACAGUUUGUGGUUUGUCUGGGGAAGCUGAACCACCAGCUGGGUUUGGACAACACGCUAAGCCCAAAUAAUGGCUUGGCUUAGCUUAGCACAGCGAAGAAACAGCUGGGAACCUCCUCUCUGGGAGCCCGCAUGUUGGUUCGCUUGCUCACAUUAAGCCAUAGCACAGGGGUAAGCAACCUAAGGCCCGUGGGCCACAAGUGGCCCGGGGGAGUCGUUUAACCAGCCCACGAGCCACCCCUGAACUGAGCUGCCUGCUUAGCGAAUCCCUGUGCGCUGCGCUAAACUGGUGCAGCACAGCACUGGGACUUGCUUCCGCAUUGCCAGAAAUUGCGUCUGCGCAGACGCAGAUGCCGAAAAUCACAUCUGCGCAGAUGCUGAAAAUCGCGUGCGCAAUCCGAUCCCUGCAUAGCAUUACCUCAGCGUUGCAUGUGGACGAGGGCGCUAAAAUAACUUCUUGCAUAUUGCCUGCCGUUCCUUGAUGGAAGAGCAGCAAUAAGCGAAUCAAAUCCUGGACUUCUCCUUCCAGAUAGGAGCCGGGAUACUUGUUUUCUUGGCCCUUCUCCCUUGUUUUCAUCCUGCCUCUGUUUCCUGCUCCCUUUCCCAAUCCUUUAGGCACUUUAAGGUUUGGUCUAUCAUAAAUAAAAACCCAAAUACCCUUUGUUUACCCUAUCCCACUUUAGCAUUUGUGGUAGAUUGUGGUGGUUUUUAGAAGUCUGGUUGGUGUGUUUAAGCUGCUUUUGUGUGCUGCCACUCAGCAGAAUGAAACAUUGGGUGGGUAGGUGGGAUCUCUGGUUGGGGACUUCCCUGGGAGUGUGUUUGCGUGUUGGCGAUAGAGUGGCUGCCAUUGUAAUGAAAACCACCGGGGCAACCUUCCUCAGCCCAAUGCUCUCCAGAUGUUGACUCCAUCCUCCCUGACUGAAGGUCUGAUGGAAGUUGGAACCCAACAAUACCUGGAAGGCCACUCCUGUUUUAGAAUCAUCAUUACAGCUCCUAGUUCCAAAUUAGCUUUCAGUACCUACAACAGGAAAAGCAUAUUGCAAUGGAGAGAUUGCCCACCUUUGUAAUAAAAUACUGGGCAAUCUUGUUGGUUGCUCCCCUGUCCCCACAGGUGUCAGGUGUUUGGGAUUACAAUUGAGGAGCUCUCAAACUUCGCUAUAAGUGAACUUUCAAGUCUCAAAUCACUGCUUCCCAAGUCUGCAGAUGUACCACAAGACAAAUCCAGAUACCCAUAUACUCAGCUUUACAGGUGCUGCUGUGGUUGGCUGGUUUUCAGUCUUGUGGUUUCAAUAUUGAUCAGGUUCCAUUUUAUGUAAGUGGCCUUGGGGAUCCCUCUGAGAUAGGAGGGAGGUGUAGAAAGCUGUGGGACACCUGUUGUUCCCCCCGCCCCUUCAGCACUUCCAGGUAUGCUCCGAAACGUGUAGCUGGGCAUUUCAGCAUUAUUUCAAAAAUCCUGAUAGCUGAAUUAAAAUGGGAGGCAUGUCACUCUUAUACUUGAGAAUGCUUGUGGGUUUUUUUGUUUGUUUUGUUUUUCGAGGAUAAGAUCUGCGCUGAGAGAAGUUGCCCUUGCUUCUGCACAAGUUGCUGUUUAGAGCCAGAGGCGUAGCAAGGUCAGGUGGUACCCAGUGCGGAAAUCCUUUUGUCGCCCCCCACAUUGCAAUUUUUGGGAACGUGGCCCAAAGUUGUUGAGCUUCUUUUAGGGAGGGUGCCCUAGAGUUGUUGAGCUUUUUUCGCCAUCAGUGGUCAGAUUUUUGUGAUCGGCGGGUGGCGCUCACAUCACCUGUGGCCACUGAUCGUGAAAAUCCGACCACAGAUUGCAAAAAUACGCCCGCCAGGGAUACGAGUGCUGCCUGCCGGGGAGUGCCAGGCUGAUUGCUGGCCGUAUUUGCGUGAUCAGCGGGUGGAUUUUCACGACAACGUUCACACCAGUCGCAAAAAUCUGCCCACCAGGGGUGCGAACACCACUAUGCCUAUCAACCUGGGGGGAUUUUGUAACCCACCCCCUAGGCAUGACACCAGGGGCGGCCCGCACCCCUCACACCCACCUUCCAUCGCCCCUGUUUAGAGCAUGCCCUUGAUUUGGAGAAAAGCAGAGACUCGUGCAGAGAUGCAAUGGGCAGCUUCCUCUAAAGCUGAAUAGUUUUGUAAUGGCUCUGCACCAGGGGUCACUGAAUGAUCCAAUGCAGAGGCACACCAAAAUUGUUCAGUUCAGAGUGUUUCACUCUCCUGGUGGGUGCUUAGGGAUCACAGAAGCUUUCCAAUAUGAGUCUUUAUUUAUUACAGCUUCGGGAGUGAGAAGCGCAGUCGCUUUUCAUUGUACUGAUUUAGGGGAGCAGUUGGGUCAGUCAAGAUGUCCAUUUAAGAGGGGAUUUUCAGAAACGCCCCAAGAUUGUCUGAGCCCCCUUUGGAAGAAGCUUACAGCUUUGUUUACAUAUCUUUGUAAGAAUAGCCAGUGUGUAAGAAUAGCCAGUGUGGUGGACAGGAAACCUUCCCAGUAAGAACCUGGUGACUUUGGCUGCUUUCUGUCUCUCAUGCUUUGCUUCCUACGAAUGGCUGGUAUGCGCCUCCUUCCUGUAAUGCAGAGAGAGAUGUUUGGCCAGGGAUGGCUUUUGCGGUCGUGUGCCUGGCCAUGCACUGCCGCUUGGAGCCUUUCUGUAUGGAUGUUAAACGUCUGGCCCUGGGCGGGCGGGGUCGUCUUCUCUUUUCCCCUCAUGCAGGUAAAGCCACCACCUUGUUCAGCCGCCACACCAAGGCGAUUGUCUGGGGGAUGCAGACCCGGGCUGUGCAAGGCAUGCUGGACUUUGACUACGUCUGCUCCAGAGACGAGCCUUCAGUGGCUGCCAUGGUUUAUCCAUUCACGUAUGUUCGCCGCGCCUCCGUCCUAUGUGAGGGGGUGGGGGCUGCUCCCAUUGCUCUUCCUGCAUCUCAAUUCCUUUCUGCCAUUUUUCUGUGGCUGUGGAACUUUGUGGCUAGGCUGGGACAAGCGCUGUCCUGCUAAAUAUUAUAUAUUUUCUCUUUUUCCCUCUUUUAUUGCAAACUUGGACAUUGCUUUUGUGCUUUGCCCUCCUUAAUCUGGUUCCCUUUCAUCUCUUGUCUCGGAUUGAGGCCCCAGUGCAGUGCCGGAUUUACGUAUAAGCUAAACAAGCUAUAGCUUAGGGCCCCACUCUCUUGGGGGCCCCAAAAAAAUUCAAAGGAAAAAACACUGGAUGUACAAUUCCAAAAUAUAAGAUAAAAAACAGAUAAAAUAAAACCUACAUACAGCAACAGUGUUUUGUGUUGUGUAGGCUCCUGUGAUGUACGUCAUGGGCCCCAUCUGCUAGCCUGCUCCCUAAAAUAUCACUGGUUUGCUCCUUUCUAUAUAUAGGGUGCCUACAUUCUGCAUGGACUGGUUGCCUCGCAACAUGUGCAAAUGGCUUGAGAUACCUAUUAGGUCCAGAAAUUACCAUAUAGCAUAUAUUCAACAUAAAAAACAGCGACAAUUUGUUGUUGACAAAGGACAGCUGGACAUAGAAAGGACCCCAUUACCUUCAGUGGCUUAGGGCCUCAUCAGACCUAAAUCUGGCUCUGCCCCAGUACAUCCCAUAUCCUCCUGCAUCAUCUAAGUUACACCUACCGUGCAUUGCAGCCUGUGUCAUGGUCCUUGGCAUCAUUUGACAUUACCUGGUCCUGGGGAUUACAUAGUACUUGUAGAAUCUCUGCCAUGCAUGUACUUGUUGCUUCUUUCCACAAACUAGCAAGCUGGUAGAAUUCCAUUAUCGCCCAUUGCAUUUGCAUAGCUGCCCCUUUCCUGUCCUGUUUCCUUCCUUUUCUUUUCCGUGCUCCCGUUAGGGCUGGGCGAUAACUUGUUUUCAACAUCGUGAUAUAUCACCAGCUAGACAUCGCAAUACAUCACAAUAUCUGAAAUAAGGAUGGAGCUAUGUAGAGGCAUUGGCUGGCUUCAUGGUUUUCCCCGCAUCGUGGUUUUUGCAUAGAGCACACACACACACACCCAUCUUUGAUUUGCAACAUAUUGCCAGGUCAAGAAUUAUGUAACCGAUAUCACAAUACGGACCUCAAACUGGUUUUGGACGAUAUAUCGCCUAGCCCUAACGCACGUCAUGAUUCGUGAUUUAUUGCCAGGCUAAAAAUUAUAAAACCAAUAUCAAGACAAUAGACUUCAAACUGGUUUUGGACGAUAGAUCAAUAUAUUGCCCAGCCCUAGGAAACUUGGCCACAGGUAAAUUAGCUUCAUCUUGGCUGUGCAUAGAAAACUAGCCUGCCCCAAAGGAGACCAGGCUGGAGCCCUCCUGCUUCUGAGCUCUCUUCCUGAGGGAUUGUUGUUUCUGUUGUAUGGAUGAGCAUUCAGACAUGUUUGCCCCUACCCUGAAGUCUGGCAUACCAGAUGGAGAUUGACCACCUCAGGGAGAACUAAGGCUUAGAUCGAGCCAGGAAAAGAAGUUCCCUUUUACCUACAGCAACAGAAGCUCCACAAGUGUUGCCCAAAGCAGUAAUGCACAUUCCCCACACUGGGAAACGUGCCACUGUUUUCGCCCGCAUGUGCACCUUCAUUUCUCUCUCUGUUGCAGCAGAUAAUUAAUGUUGGGGCUUGUGAUGCGUUUCCUUGCAGUGGGGACCACAAACAGAAGUUCUACUGGGGCCACAAAGAGAUACUCAUCCCCGUCUUCAAGAACAUGGCAGACGCCAUGAAGAAGCACCCGGAAGUGGAUGUGCUGAUCAACUUUGCAUCCCUCCGCUCAGCCUACGACAGCACUGUGGAGACCAUGAACCACCCGCAGGUGUGUGGAGUGGAGUUGGCGGGAUCUGUGACCCAAGUUCUGAGGAGGAACAGAAGCGAACAAAAAAUAAUACAGUGGUACCUCGGGUUACAUACGCUUCAGGUUACAUACGCUUCAGGUUACAGACUCCGCUAACCCAGAAAUAUUACCUCGGGUUAAGAACUUUGCUUCAGGAUGAGGACAGAAAUCGCAAGGCCCCAUUAGCUAAAGUGGUGCUUCAGGUUAAGAACAGUUUCAGGUUAAGAGUGGACCUCCAGAACGAAUUAAGUACGUAACCCGAGGUACCACUGUAAUUCCGUUCCUGUGCAAGCAGUUACACCACAGUUUCCAGUCACACGUAGACUGAAUGUGCAAAGGGCAGAGGGGGAUUGUGCCUGCUGGUUCGCCCUGUGCAGGGUUCCUGAUCUUGUGGUAUAACCCCUGUGCACAUAGGGCUAGGGGGAUGUGGAUGGCGCUGUGGUCUAAACCACUGAGUCUCUUGGGCUUGCCGAUCAGAAGGUCGGCGCUUUGAAUCCGCGCAACAGGGUGAGCUCCCGUGACUCUGUCCCAGCUCCUGCCAACCUAGCAGUUCAAAAGCAUGCCAGUGCAAGUAGAUAAAUAGGUACCGCUGUGGUGGGAAGGUAAACGGCGUUUCCGUGUGCUCUGGUUUCUGUCACGGUGUCCCGUUGCGCCAGAAGCGGUUUAGUCAUGCUGGCCACAUGACCCGGAAAGCUGUCUGCAGACAAAUGCUAGCUCCCUCGGCCUGAAAGCGAGAUGAGCGCCACACCCCAUAGUCGCCUUUGACUGGACUUAACCGUCCAGGGGUCUUUUACCUUUUUAGCUGUAUCCUUACACAAGGCUAUAUACACAUAUAGCUAACUGUGUCUAAGGGCCACAUUCACAACUUCCAUGAAAUACACAAAAGUCAGGAGACAGAGCCAUUGGGAACAGUCUUCUCCCCACCCGCCCCACCCCUGACCAAAAUGAUCUUUAUACACAAGAUCUGAAAAGCCGUAGCAUUUAGUCAGUUCUGGAUGAAUGAGAUAUUUUCAAAGAUUGGAGGGACAGAGCUGCUUUGCUUUUUCUGCCCCCCCCCCCCACUAGCAAUGCUAUGCAGAAUAAUGUAAAUUUAACUUGCCUAAUUUAUGCAGCUUGCAAAAUCCAGCUUUUCUUGUGGCAGAUGUUGAAUUGUCUGAUGAUACCCACAGUCCUGGUUUUAGGAUUUCUGAGGAAACUUAUUCAUUUUUAAAUCCUGCACCCAAGAGCUUUAAAAAGCCUUGAUAGUUGCCAAUGCUUUUCUGAUCCUCCCUAUCGCUGAGGAGGGAGAGACUCCAGGAAGUCAUUGCCGGUGUUGAUUUUUUCUUGGGCUGCAGAUCCGCACUGUGGCCAUCAUUGCAGAAGGCAUCCCAGAGGCGCUAACUCGCCGGUUGAUCAAGAUGGCAGACGAGAAAGGCGUCACCAUUAUCGGGCCUGCAACGGUGAGAGAAGAAGGAACCAUGGCUUUCUGUGGCUUAUUCUGCUUCGUUAAUUUGUUUUUAACGUGCGUUGAUGUGAAAAUCUAUAAAUUCUUUCCUGCACAGUGGUAAAGUAUAAUAAUAAUAAUAAUAAUAAUAAUAAUAAUAAAUUUAUACCCCACCCAUCUGGCCAGGCCUCCCCAGCCACUCUGGGCAGCUCCUAACAGAAUAUUAAAAACGCAAUAAAACAUCAAACAUUAAAAACUUCCCUGAACAGCGUUGCCUUCAGAUGUCUUCCCCGCCCCAUUUUUGUUCCCACCACAAAAAUUGUGGGAUCUGGUGAAGCCAUAAAUAAAUACAUGGGGGCUGAAUCAGAUCCCCAAAUUGUGGGUCACACCUUCUACUCUCACAGAUGGAUCUGUUACUGCUACGUUGAUGAAAGACCUUUUUUUAAAAAAAAGGCAAAUUGAGGGUAAAUCAGUUAGGAGCAAAUAUGCUCUGUGAUUGGCUCUGGGCCUGAUUUGCAUAUCCAAAAAUCCCUUGUCACAUGUACAAAAAUUCUGGAUUUGAAUUUCCCAUUUUAUGAAAGAGAGAGUUUUUGAAACUGUUGAGCUGUUACUACACAAACUACAACCGCUCCGAUAUUUCAUCUCCUUCGUUUUUGUUUGUAGGUAGGUGGAAUCAAGCCCGGCUGCUUCAAGAUCGGAAACACAGGUGGAAUGCUGGAUAACAUCUUGGCAUCUAAGCUGUACCGCCCCGGAAGUGUAGCUUAUGUCUCCCGCUCAGGAGGGAUGUCCAAUGAACUUAACAACAUCAUCUCCAGGACCACAGACGGCGUCUUUGAAGGGGUGGCCAUUGGUGGGGAUAGGUGAGAGCAGCGGCCCAAGCGAUAUUCCGUGUGCUCUGAAAUCCUUGUUCAAUCCAUCCAUCCAUCUCCUUUAUUGGCACACACAGGAUACAAAAGUAUACAAGUCAAAGCGUAAAAUUGACAUCUGUUCGUAAAAGGAGAUACUUUUAAGACGAAUCUAUUACAGUGGUACCUUGGGCUACGAACUUAAUUUGUUCCGGUGUCCAUUCUUAACCUGAGACCAUUCUUAACCUGAGGCGCGCUUUCGCUAAUGGGGCCUCCCGCUGUUGCCGUGCCGCCGGCACAUGAUUUCCUUUCUCAUCCUGGGGCAAAGUUUCUAACCCGAGGUACUACUUCCGGGUUAGUGGAGUUUGUAAUCCGAAGCAUCUGUAACCCGAGGUGUUACCUCGGGUUACAUACGCUUCAGGUUACAGACUCCGCUAACACAGAAAUAGUACCUCAGGUACUUUGUUUCAGGAUGAGAACAGAAAUUGUGCUCUGGCGGCGCGGCAGCGGUGGGAGGCCCCAUUAGCUAAAGUGGUGCUUCAGGUUAACAGUUUCAGGUUAAGAACGGACCUCUGGAACGAAUUAAGUACUUAACCUGAGGUACCACCGUACAGACAUAAUAAGGCUAAAAAGUGCCUCUCAAGUCUUAUGGCAACGUAGUUUUAAUUCCACAUUCUCCCUAAUGCCAUGCCUACAACUGUUCCAUUGAAAGGAAACCCUGAAGAAGCCAGAGCAAUCUUAACUUUUCUUUCAGCAUAGGGUUUAAAUAUUUACCACAGAUUUUUGCAUGAUAUGGGCAGUAAAACAGAACAGUUGCAAUGGUUUUGACCUGUUUUACACCUCAAGGAAAUCCUUGUUGUGUGAAUUGUACUUCUGGUUUUAAAAUACACCCACCCACACCAGUUGUGCAGCCCGGUGUUUUGUGUAAUGGAAUAAAUUCUUCUAUCCCUCUCUGUUGUGGACAGAGAGCCGUCGAUAAAAAUUGUUGAGCCUUCGAGACCGGAGUUGAAAUCUGGGCUGUUUGUGUUGUACAAUAUUCUUUAAGCAGCAGAAUCUUCUUAACAUAAACGCCUGACAAAAAAAAUGUUGUUCCCUUGUGCCUAGAUACCCUGGCUCCACUUUCAUGGACCACGUUUUACGCUACCAAGACACGCCUGGGGUGAAGAUGAUAGUGGUGUUAGGAGAAGUGAGUACCUUCAAGUUUGUUUUUCUGUCUCCAGCAUCACUUGGCAAUGGUAUCUUUGUAGCUUCAUCUCAGCAUAGGAACAUAUGAAGCUGCCUUAUAAGUCCUGUUGCUCCAUCUAGCUCUAUAUUGUCUACAUUGACUGGUAGUAGCUCUGAGAGCUUCAUCUAGAAGUAGAUGAUGAUUUGUGUGGUCAGUAUGCCUAGUAUCCACUGUACACUACAGAAGUAGGAAUGUUUGGCCGCAGAGGAGGCUGACUUGAGUCCUCACAUGACCUUCCUUUGCAUUUGCUGAGCACUGUCUUCUCAGCUGUGCCACCACUGUUGCGAAAGCCCCUCCUUCCAGAAGGAAGCUUGACCAACAGCACCUCUGUAUUCCAAUAAUAAUAAUAAUAAUAAUAAUAAUAAUAAUAAUAAUUUAUUUAUACCCCACCCAUCUGGCUGGGUUUCCCCAGCCACUCUGGGCGGCUUCCAACAAAACACUAAAAUACAAUAACCUAUUAAACCUUAAAAGCUUCCCUAAACAGGGCUGCCUUCAGAUGUCUUCUAAAAGUUUGGUAGUUGUUUUUCUCUUUGACAUCUGGUGGGAGGGCGUUCCACAGGGCGGGUGCUACUACCGAGAAGGCCCUCUGCCUGGUUCCCUGUAACUUGGCUUCUUGCAGCGAGGGAACCGCCAGAAGGCCCUCAGCGCUGGACCUCUUGCACUCUUCUUUUGCCUGGCAUUUGGCAUAUGGGCUUUGGGAAAACAUUUUAUUUUGCAGCUGCUUUUUCUCUGAAGAUAUGGGACUGCUAUGAGAUCUUUUAAAUACAGUGGUACCUUGGUUUUUGAACGCCCUAUACCUGGAAGUAAAUGCUUCAGUUUUCGAACACACCUCAGAAGUCAAACGUGCCACGCACUUUCUGUACUGAGUUUUCGUAUUGAGUUUUCCAUAUUGAGGCUUCCGUAUUGAGUUUUAAGAUUUCAAACAUUUUGGAACUCAAAUGGUCUUCCAGAAUGGAUUACGUUCGAAAACUGAGGUACGACUGUGUGUGUGUGUGUGUGUGUGUGCGCGCGUGUACACACACACACACACACACACACACACACAGUUGUACCUUGGAAUUCGAAUGGAAUCUGUUCCGGAAGUCCAUUCGACUUCCAAAACGUUCGAAAACCACAGCGCGGCUUCUGAUUGGCUGUGGGAAGGUCCUGCAGCCAAUCAGAAGCUGUUGGACAUUCAGCUUCCAAAAAUAGUUUGCAAACCGGAACGGUCACUUCCGGGAUUGCGACAUUUGGGAGCCAAAACAUUUGGGAACUAAACUGUUCAACUUCCAAGGUAUGAGAGAGAGAGACAGAGAGAGAGAGAGAGAGAGAGAGAGAGAGAGAGAGUGUUGUAGGUAGCCUUUAAAAAAAGCAACCUCACUGGCCUUUCAUUUUAUGGGGUUUACUUUAAACUGCAUUGAAUGGAACAACAGCAUACAAAUAUUUAAAUUAAAACAAAAUCUGCACAUCUUCAUCCUUCAAUACAGGAUUUCCCAAACUUGGGUCUUUGGCAGUUUUUGGACUACAGUUCCCACCAUCCCUGACUACUGGUCCUGCUGGUUAGGGAUGAUGGGAGUUGUAGUCUUUACGUAGCUCUCUUUAUAGUCCUGUAGCCCUUGUGGUCCAAUUUCACCUGCAAAAGUGGGGACUGAUUUGGCGAAAUACUUUUUUCUAUUUUAAAGAGCGCUGUGCCCACAUGGGUUGAGUUGCUGCCCUUGACUCCUUUUUUCUUUUCUUUUCUUUUCUUUUCUUUUUUUUAGAUUGGAGGAACGGAGGAAUACAAGAUCUGUAGGGGUGUUAAAGAAGGCCGGAUCACUAAGCCUGUUGUCUGCUGGUGCAUUGGGACCUGUGCCACGAUGUUCUCUUCAGAGGUAAGGGAGGAAUACAUUGAAUGGGGGUAGAAAAUCUAUUUAUUAUAGUUGGGAGUGCUGGAUCUCCGAUUAUAUUAAACAGUUGUUGAAAUCACGGAUUCUAAAACUGGGAAUGCAUAUGGGGUCUGGUACGUUUCCACGGCAGCAGAAUUCCUUGACCUGUAGCAGAGUCACUCAGCAAGUGCUGCUUGUGUGCAUGAGCUUGCAGAAGAGAGAGUCCAUAUGCUGUUGUUUCAGUAAACUAGACAGCUUUAUUUACAGCAAGAUAAACAAUCCAUCAGGGACGCGGGUGGCGCUGUGGGUUAAACCACAAAGCCUAGGACUUGCCGAUCAGAAGGUUGGCGGUUCGAAUCCCCGCGAUGGGGUGAGCUCCCGUUGCUUGGUCCCUGCUCCUGCCAACCUAGCAGUUCAAAAGCACAUCAAAGUGCAAGUAGAUAAAUAGGUACCACUGUGGUGGGAAGGUAAAUGGCGUUUCCGUGCGCUGCUCUGGUGUGCCAGAAGCGGCUCAGUCAUGCUGGCCACAUGACUCGGAAGCUGUACGCCGGCUCCCUCGGCCAGUAAAGCGAGAUGAGCACCGCAACCCCAGAGUCGGUCACGACUGGACCUGAUGGUCAGGGGUCCCUUUACCUUUACUUAAACAAUCCAUCGGAAGAUGCAGACAUUGCGUCUUCCUUGUCACGGCAGAAAAACGAAAGUAACUCACAGACCAAGAAAACAACCUCCCCCCCCCCAUGUGGAGAAAGAGACGCAGGACACACUGAGCUGUUAACCCUGCAAGCUCUAAACCUCACAAUGCAAGCCUGGCAGCGACCCAAAAGGGCUCCUAGGCACAAGUUACAUUGUGAUGAAGCUUUUGGCACUGAGAGAGGAGACCGCUGGAUUCUCAGUGCGAAAAUGAGGUCGAGGUACAGCCAAAUACGAACAGAAGAAAAGCCCUUUUGGGUCAGGCCCAUAUUCCAGCAUCCUGUUCCUGCAGUGGCUGUGGGAAACCGUCAAGCAGGGCUCGACAAUGAAAGUACCCCCCCAAAUAAAUCACCUGUGGUUUCCAGUAGCUGGCAUUAAGGAGCAUUUGUUUGCUAUGAUAUUAAUUUAAUGAAUCGAACACUUGUCUUGCUAAAGACCAGGGCCGGAUUUAGGUUUGAGAAGGCCCUAAGCUACUGAAGGUAAUGGGGCCCUUUAUAUGUCCAGCUGUCCUUUGUCAACAACUAAUUGUUGCUGUUUUUUUGUGUUGAAUAUAUGUGCUAUAUCAUGGGUAGGCAAACUAAGGCCCGGGGGCCGGAUCUGGCCCAAUCGCCUUCUAAAUCUGGCCCGCGGACAGUCAGUCCAGGAAUCAGUGUGUUUUUACAUGUGUAGAAUGUGCCCUUUUAUUUAAAAUGCAUCUCUGGGUUAUUUGUGGGGCCUGCCUGGUGUUUUUCAAUGAGUAGAAUGUGUGCUUUUAUUUAAAAUGCACCUCUGGGUUAUUUGCGGGGCAUAGGAAUUUGUUCACCCCCCCCAAUAUAGUCCGGCCCUCCACAAGGUCUGAGGGACAGUGGACUGGCCCCCUGCUGAAACAGUUUGCUGACCCCUGUGCUAUAUGGUAAUUUAUGGACCUAAUGGAUAUCUAAAGCCAUUUGCACAUGUUGCCAUGCAACCAGUCCAUGCAGAAUGUAGGCACCCUAUAUAUAGAAAGGAGCAAACCAGUGAUAUUUCAGGGAGCAGGCGGGGCCCAUUACUUACAUCAGAGGAGCCUACACAACACAAAACACUAUUGCUGUAUGUAGGUUUUCUUUUAUUUGUUUUUUAUCUUAUAUUUUGGAAAUGUACAUCUAGUUUUUUUCCCCCCUUUAAAUUUUUUGGGGGUCCCAAGAGAGUGGGGCCCUAAGCUAUAGCUUGUUUAGCUUGUACAUAUAUCUGGCACUGCUAAAGACCCACCUAUCCUUGUUAUAACAGGUGCAGUUUGGCCAUGCUGGAGCUUGCGCCAAUCAGGCAUCUGAAACCGCAGUGGCCAAGAACCGAGCUCUGAAGGAAGUGGGCGUCUUUGUACCGCGUAGUUUUGACGAGCUGGGCGAUGUGAUUCAGUAAGUAAUAUUUUUUUCAAAGAAGCAAGCAAGCAAGCAAGCAAACAAACAAACAAACAAACAAACAUCAAGCUGUAUUGUUGCUUUAUUGCUAUGGCAGAUGGCUGACGCAAAUAAAGAUUCAUUCAUUCAUUCAUUCAUUCAUUCAUCAAGCUGUAACAGGCCAACACAUAGCCUCUUGCAUGUCCUUCUCUCAGGUCAGUGUACGAAGAUCUGGUUUCCAAGGGAGUGAUUGAACCAGCCCAGGAAGUGCCUCCCCCUACUGUGCCAAUGGAUUACUCGUGGGCAAGGGUAAGUCUGCUGUUUUCCAAGCGGUUACUGAAAGAGCUAGGAGGAUGCCUGGCUUCUUGGAAUAACACAAUCAAAGUGUUAUGCUAAGAGAAAUUGGUGGAAGCAAAAGGACAAUUGCAUUAUCCACAACCAGGGUGGAUUUGAUUUAAAUCACUAGUCCAUAAGUCUUGUUUUAAAUCUUUUUCUUUUUUUACUGACUCAUUCUUGCUGGUAUAAUCUUAAUAUUCACAACCAGAUGAAGGUUUCAUUUUUGGAAUAAUAAAUUUUCAGGGUAGUUUUUACAGUUAUAUCAGAAAUUGCUGAUGUGGUUAUACUAUUAGAAAUACACAGACAGAUAAUUAUGAAAUUAUUGUGAGGUUUAAUAAGUUAACUGUUUAUAUUUGGACAGCUUUUCUGCUGUACUUUAUUGGAAGGAGAAAAAUAAACAUUUCCUUAAUAACAAUUUAGACAAUUUACUUAACUCAGCAAUAACAUUAUAGCAUAUAUAUCUCCAUGUUUGUUAACUGAUGUGGUUAAACAAUUUUUUUAAAAAAACAACCUUAGACUGAGUUUUAGCACACAUGAAAAACUUAAAACAUAUCCUUAUUUCCUGAUGACCUUAUAGCCUUUGGACUAUAAUGGAACUUAAAUAGAAAACUAUCUUUAGAAAGAUUUCCCCUCCAAAAGCAUUUUAUUUUAAAAAUCUGAUUUAAAUCACAAAAAUCCGAUUUAAAUUUAAAAAAUCCAAUUUAAUUUUUUUUUAAAAAUGCGAUUUUUAUUUUUGUAAAAAAUCAUUGAUUUUUAUUCACCCUGUCCACAACACGCCUUCUGCAAACCUUUCUGAACUGAAUAUAUAGAAGCAUUUCCUUUACAAAGAAAACAGUUCUAGAAGAGUUCUAGUCUUGUGUCAGAGCUGGCUCCAGGUCCCAGCUCACAGAGGACCAACGCUAGCCGGCAGUAAUGUACAAAAGUCUUUAUUGAAGUACAGUUUCCAUUUUCAAGCCGCAGCGCCCAGCUCUACGUCUAGGGGUUAGAUCGGCGAAGCUCCAUCUGAGUCUCCGCCCCUGUACACCAGUUUAAGAUUCUAGCCUUACUCCACCUCUUACGUCUCUCCUUUCUCCUCUGGGUCCUGCUACCCCCCCGGUGUCCCUUCCUUCCUGGAUUCUUCUGACGCUGACCCCGCUGACUCCUUCCCCUCUUUUCGGCGGGCUUUGGGACCUGGCUCCCUAUCCGGGCUGCCAACUGCGCCGCCCUCCUGUACAUUUGAACUUGGCGCGCGCCCAGCCUUCAACCUUCCUCUCGACCGUUUCCUCGCUCCCCGAUGGAGGCGUGGCCAAUCCUGACUCAUGUCCUCCCACUGGCAGUGCGCCGCCUGAGUCCCGAUGCCUGGGACCCCUCCCCUACUGCACUCUGGUGUGGACGCUGGUCCUGAUUUCCAACUGCUGCUCUCUGAGUCCCCUCUGGCCCCUUCUUCCUGGGGUGUCCCCAUCGGCACCCCCCUUGCUCUGACCAAGGGAGCCCCUUUCUGUGAAUCUUCCGAUUCGCUGGAAAGACUCAGCGACCUCGGACCGCUGUCAUCGCUAACAUUUCCUUCGGACUCCUCCCCCUCGCUCUCUAUUUCCUCCCUUUCCUGUGCCUCUGCUCCUGAACCCCUGACAUCUUGUUUCUAUACGGAGGGGAUUCUCUGUUUGGAAGAGUGUUUGUUCGUCCCCACCAGCAGUUUGACACAAAAUUGCUCAAGCUCAGGUCUGCAAACUCCACUAGGUCUAGAUCAGAUUCUCUCUUGUUGUUUUUACAACUUCUUUGUUUGUGCACUCAAUUUUCAGGAGCUUGGUUUGAUUCGGAAGCCAGCUUCUUUCAUGACUAGCAUCUGUGAUGAACGGGGCCAGGAACUGAUCUAUGCCGGCAUGCCCAUCACUGAGGUCUUCAAGGAAGAAAUGGGAAUUGGGGGUGUUCUGGGCUUAUUGUGGUUCCAGAGAAGGUAGGUGUAGUUACUGCGCUGCUUGUUAUUAUUUGUCUAUUAUUAGUGUACAGUGGUACCUCAGUUUAAGAACAGUCCAGUUUAAGAAUGAUUUGGUUUACAAACUCCACAAAACCGGAAAUACAGUGGUACUUCAGGUUACAUAUGCUUCAGGUUACAUACGUGUGAUGGGAUGAUGAGCUGCUUGUGCGUAAAAUCGUAUCCCCUCAGAGUUUGUUCAAGUCCACAAACCUCUGUCUGUGACGGAGCCCCUCAGACAUGGCUCCUCUAGUCACUAGCAGAUUCCGACAGUGGUUGCUUUCGUAAUCGCUUCCAACAUAAAAGCUCCUUAACGGAAACACGUCUUCUGGACUCUCUGCGUGACAGUUUCCGGCGAGGAGUGGGUGUUCUUACAGGAGGUCCUGAAACCUCCCCACUGUUUUCGCUGGAAGUGUCUCUGAGCCAUCCCUCCAGCUCAGCUCCUCUCCCCCUGCUGGUUCCCUCUUCAGCUGCUGAGUCUCUCCCAACCUGUGUGAGCCCUUUCACCUCCCUGCUGGUUCCCUCUUCAGCUGCUGAGUCUCUCCCAACCUGUGUGAGCGCUUUACACUCCCUUCCGUCCGAUGGCAGUUCCCUGACAUCCACCUCCCCUCCAGGGCCCCCAUCACCCCCUCUCGCCCCCACCUCAACGGGCGGUGAGGAGGCAAAACCCCCGAAUGAACUUCCUUCAUCUUCCGAUGUCUCGAACACUUCUCUCCACCUGUUGCGGUUCCUGGUCUCGAAGUACACCUCCUCCUCAGAGUCCAUCUCCCCUUCCCCUUCUGAGUCCGGUUUGCGUGAGAGAGCGUCCGCCCUAAUGUUCUCUGGGCCUGGCACGUAACAAAUCUCAAAGUUAAAUUUGGAGAACUCCUGGGCCCAUCUCACUUGCCGUUGGUUGAGCACUCGUGCCGUCCUCCAAUACUCUAGGUUCUUGUGGUCAGUGCACACUUGCACCUUAUGUUGUGCGCCAAUUAGCAGGUGCCUCCAUCUCCGGAACGCCUCAUGAAUGGCUAGUAGUUCUCGGUCAUACACCGUGUCGUUCCUCUCGGAUUUGUUCAGCUUUGCGAAAAAUGGCACACGGUCUCCACUCUGACUCCUUCUUCCCUGGCUGCAGAAGCACCGCCCCAAUCGCUCUGUCUGAUGCGUCAGUUUCCACUCUCAUCGGUUUUUGUAAAUCCACAUGCAGGAGUUGUUGUUCCGAGGCGAAGGCCCUUUUUAGUUCCUCAAAUGCUCGCUCCGCCUCCUCAGUCCAAACGAACUUCUUCUUACUGCUGAGACAGUCCGUAAUGGGCGCCGUCAGGUGGGCAAAGUUUCGGAUGAACUUACGAUAGAAGUUCCCAAAUCCUAGGAACCUCUGCACAUCCUUCCUUGUUUUGGGUGUUUUCCAUUCCAGCACCGCCUGGACCUUGCCGGGAUCCAUGGCCAAUCCCUUGUCUGACAGGCGAUACCCCAGGAAUUCCACCUCCUUGGUAUGAAACUGACACUUCUCCAGUUUCACCCACAGCUGGUUGGCUUGCAGCCUGCUCAACACUUCUCUGACGUCUCUCACAUGCUGCUCCUCAUUCUCAGAAUACACCAACACGUCGUCUAAAAAGGCCACACAAUUCUUGUAAAGCAAAGGCCCCAGGACGUGGUUAAUAAACGAUUGAAAUGUUGCGGAGCCUGCUUGUAGGCCGAAGGGCAUAACCAAAUAUUCAAAUGCCCCUAAAGGGGUGAACAUAGUUGUCAGGGGUUCAGGAGCAGAGGCACAGGAAAGGGAGGAAAUAGAGAGCGAGGGGGAGGAGUCCGAAGGAAAUGUUAGCGAUGACAGCGGUCCGAGGUCUCUGAGUCUUUCCAGCGAAUCGGAAGAUUCACAGAAAGGGGCUCCCUUGGUCAGAGCAAGGGGGUGCCGAGGGGACACCCCAGGAAGAAGGGGCCAGAGGGGACUCAGAGAGCAGCAGUUGGAAAUCAGGACCAGCGUCCACACCAGAGUGCAGUAGGGGGGGAGGAGUCCCAGGCAUCGGGAUCAGGCGGCGCACUGCCAGUGGGAGGACAUGAGUCAGGAUUGGCCACGCCUCGACCGGUGAGCUCGGUUGCGGUCGAGAGGAAGGUUGAAGGCUGGGCGCGCGCGCCAAGUUCAAAUGUACAGGAGGGCGGCGCAGUUGGCAGCCCGGAUAGGGAGCCAGGUCCCAAAGCCCGCCGAAAAGAGGGGAAGGAGUCAGCGGGGUCAGCGUCAGAAGAAUCCAGGAAGGAAGGGACACCGGUGGGUUGCAGGACCCAGAGGAGAAAGGAGAGACGUAAGAGGUGGAGGAAGGCUAGAAUCUUAAACUGGUGUACAGGGGCGGAGACUCAGAUGGAGCUUCGCCGAUCUAACCCCUAGACGUAGAGCUGGGGCGCUCCGGCUUGAAAAUGGAAACUGUACUUCAAUAAAGACUUUUGUACAUUACUGCCGGCUAGCGUUGGUCCUCUGUGAGCUGGGACCUGGAGCCAGCUCUGACAGUAAGCUCCAUCUCAAAAGUUUUGCACCAAAGACCUCGUAACGUGAGUGGACGCAGCGAGGAAGAAGAUUGGUGCUUCGCGAGCUCACAAAAGUCAGGCAAGAUGACUACAGAACAGCAACUAGCAGCCCUGCAAAAUGCAGUGACACAACUCAACGCGGAGGUACUCGCAUCCAGGAAAAGGGAAGAGGAAGCGGCUGCCGCCUGCAGGGAUCUCCAAGCCAGGUUGGAAGUGCUUGCUAAGCAGGGGCAACCGGGACCCAAAUCAGAGGGGAUUGGGCUGGGGAAAAGAGGAGGCAGCCUGGUAUCUCAUUUCGAUGGGAAUUUGCAGCAGUACCCUAACUUCCGAGCAGACGUGCUGUUUGCACUGGAACUGCUGGAUAAAGACUUUAGAGAUGAGCAAGAAAAGGUGGGGUUUAUCUUGUCCCAUUUGCAUGGGGAGCUAAAGCGUGGCUGCGCAAUCUGUGGAGAGAUAAGGAUCAUGCGCUCCAAAAUGCGGAUGCAUUCAUUAAAGCGAUUGAUUCUUGAUUUUUAUCAAAUAUAUAAAUUGAUAUCGCCAUAAAAUACAUACAUGGGCUCAAACAAGUCAGAGCCAGUGUAAGGCAGUACCAGUCCCGUUUCGUGGCAUUAGUCCAUGCGCUGGGAUGGGAGAAGGAUUCUGCCCCAGCCAGAGUCCAUUUUGGGAAGGCUUGAUUGCAAAUGUGAAAGAUGCGAGUGCAACGGGGGAGACCAAAGAGCACUCAGGAGGUUGUCCGGCGGGCGCUGCAAAUUGGGGUGCGUCUGGAAGAACGUCCAUGGAACAGAGAAGAAGGACGUUGGGGACGUACGCCAGUGAGAGCACCUCCCCUCUUUCCCACGGAUGCAGCGCGUGUGCAAUCCCCACCUCCGCAAGGAGGGGGAGCAACCGAUGGAGAUUGGAGGCGCCAGGGCUCAGUCAACAACCAGAGCCUUAACACCGGGAGCAGUCAAGCGAAGCCUCCUAGAGGAACAGGAAGUGCUACAUCUGCGACAGUGCUCAGCACAUGGCGAAAGAGUGUCCCCAGAGGCUCCACAAGCACACUGCAGCCUCAGCAACAGUAACAGAAGCAACUCAGCAGAGGAACCACAGCAGGGAAACGACAGAGUCUGGUUGGAGGAAGAGGCACUGGGGCCCAGCCAGACACGUCAAUGAAGCCGUCCCCAGAGAUUUUGCAGCCCACAGACCCCCUCCCGCCCAAACCAGUGGUGCAGCUCACAGCAUCGCUCCAACUACCCAAUGGACUCACUAUGGAAGUGCCGAUUACCAUUGACUCUGGUAGUAACGCAGACUUCAUAGGACUGGAUUUCCUUCAAGAGCACAACAUAGCACUCCUGCCAGCCACGCUGCCUCUGAAAGUUGUCACGGUGGAUGGCAGGGACUUGCUGGGGGGGCAGGUGGUGCAGCAAACUCCUCCGAUGGUGAUGCAAAUUGGGAAUCACCGAGAAGUCAUCAGCUUCAAUGUCACCCAACUGUCGGACACGCCUAUAGUAUUAGGCAUGAGUUGGCUGCACAGGCACAGCCCAGCAUUGGCGUGGUACCAGCGACAACUGACCUUCGGCUCCUCAUACUGUGCGGAACAUUGCAUUCUGCCUAGCCCGGAAGGGGAAGAGGAUGACCCGCAGCUACAAUUAGGCACGCUGCAAGCAGUGCCACUCAAGUACGCAGCGUUUUGGAGGUUUUCUGCGAGAAGGAAGCGGACAAGCUACCUCCCCACAGGUCUUAUGACUGCAAGAUUGACUUCCUGCCAGGGCGCGCUGCCAACCGGGAAACUGUAUUCCAUGUCUGAAGACGAGCUGCAGGAACUCAGGGAGUUCAUAGACCUCAACUUGAGCGCGGUUUCAUCCGGGAGUCGAAGGCAGUGGGGGCAGUCCUGUAUUCUUUGUGAAGAAGAAGGACACGCCCCAAAAAGGCUUGUGGUGGACUAUAGAAUUUUGAACUCAAAAACCAAGCCCACAGCCUUUCCCAUGCCCAAGAUAGAUGACCUGCUCGCAACGGUGAGGAAAGGACGCGUUUUCACAAAGUUGGAUCUGCGAAGGGCGACGAAUGGAAGACUGCCAUGUUCACGCCCCUGGGCACCUAUGAAUACAGAGUUAUGCCCUUUGGAUUACAAAAUGGCUCCCACUGUUUUCAAGCCUUCAUGCAUCACGUAUUGGCGGGUCUCCUCUACAAGAAAUGCGUCUGCUUCCUGGACGACAUCCUGAUAUUUUCAGAAUCAGAGGAGACCCACGAGGGAGACGUCAAGGAAGUUCUGCAGAGACUGCAGGAGCACAGGCUGUACGCCAAGCUGGAGAAGUGCCAGUUCGACAUGAAGGAGGUAGAUUUCCUGGGCUACAAGUUGUCGGACAAGGGGCUCGCCAUGGACAGCGCCAAGGUUCGCUCAGUGUUGGACUGGAAGAGCCCGCGCAAUCGGAAGGAGGUCCAGCGGUUUGUCGGUUUCGCCAACUUUUACCGCAAGUUCAUCAAGGGGUUCGCGAUGCAGACGGCGGCCAUUACCGACACGCUCAGCUCCAAGAAGAAGAAGUUCAUCUGGACGGAGCAAGCGGAGCAGUCCUUUCAGAAACUCAAGCGUCUCUUCUCGUCCGAAGAGCAGCUACUGCAUGUGAAUCCCAGCAGACCGAUGAGGGUUGAAACGGACGCCUCAGACAGAGCCGUGGGAGCAGUACUGUUGCAGCAAGACCCGCAUGGGGACUGGAGACCGUGUGCCUUCUACUCCAGGAAGCUCAGCAAGUCAGAGCAGAACUACACCAUCUGGGACAGGGAGUUGCUGGCCAUUCAUGCAGCAUUCAAGGCGUGGCGGCACUUCCUCAUUGGAGCCAAACACACAGUGCAGGUCCGCACGGACCAUAAAAACCUGGAGUACUGGCGCACGGCAAGGUUCCUGAACCAGAGGCACAUACGAUGGGCGGAGUUCUUUGCGGAUUUCGACUUCAGGAUAGAGUACAUCCCAGGCGACAACAACAUCAUGGCGGAUGCACUGUCCAGAAAGCCGCAAUACCUCGAGGAGCGGCACCAGCAGCGGCCAAGCACAUUUUCGCACCGAAAGCGUGGGCGUGCGCUUCAGCAACCGUGGACCUGGAUGCUGUACGUCGAGCACUGCAGGAGGACCCCUUCGCGCAAGCAAAGAUGGCAGAGGUGCAAAGGGGCACGGCGGAGGACGACGAGUUCCAGAUACGCGACGGAUUGCUCAUCCGCAGAGGGGCCCUCUACGUACCGGGAGACGACCUCCGCGCGAAAGUACUGCAGCAGUUGCACGACGCACCCACCGCCGGGCACUUUGGCAAAGAGAAGACGGUAGAAUUAGUAGCCAGAGAUUUUGGUGGCCCAAGAUGCGGGGGGAAGUCGCGGAUUACGUCUCGAGGUGCGACACCUGCCAAAGGGCCAAGUCAGUGCACAAACCGCCGGCGGGACUGCUCGAACCCCUGCAGACACCGCUCGAACCGUGGGAGAGGGUGGCCCUGGACUUUGUCACGGAUCUACCCAGCUCGAGGGCAAGACGGCAGUGCUAGUGGUGGUGGACAUGUUCACCAAAAUGGCCCACUUCAUUCCGUGCGCGAAGGUGGCCACGGCGGAACAGACCGCCAAACUGUUCAUAGACCACGUGUUCAGGGUUCACGGUCUGCCACGGUCUAUCCUGUCCGACCGGGGCGACAGUUCAUCUCGAACUUCUGGCAGAAGCUGAUGGGUUUCCUGAACGUCAAGAUCAACCUAGCGUCGGCGAGACACCCGCAGACGAGACGGACAAGCGGAGCGAGUCAAGCGCCAUCAUGCAGCAGUACCUGCGAUGCUACGCAAAUCAGCAGCCGGCAACAUGGGUGGACUACCUGCCGCUCGCUGAGUUCGCCUACAACAACACGAAGCACGUGUCCACGGGGGUGACACCGUUCUUCGCCAACAACGGGAGGCAUCCCAGAACCUUCCCGGGAUUAGCGAGAGCGGGGAGGGGAGCCACAGGCAGCGGAAGCCUUAGCAUCAGAGUUGCAGGAGGUUCACGAACAGCUUCGGAGGCAGUUAGAACUAGCAAAGCACGCAUACAAACUGCAGGCUGACAAGCACAGAAGGGUUGGGGAAGACAUACAGGUGGGAGACUGGGUUUGGUUAGCAGCCCAGGCAGUGCCGGCCAGAUCGUUAGCGAAGAAGAAGCUAGGGCAUAAGCAGCUAGGACCCUACCAAGUCGAGGCACAGGUCAAUCCAGUGGCUUUCCGGUUGACACUGCCGGAGGGAUCCAGAAUGCACCCAGUUUUCCAUAGAUCAGUGCUCACGCCCUACAAAGCACCUCAUAGAUUUCAGGAGCCAGGAACGGCACCAGACCCGUUCAGGGAAACGCCCACAAGGGGGUCGCCAAGGCGGGAACCCGUCAACGAAGUCACAGAGAUUUUAGACUCGAGAUGGGGGAGGAGGGAGUGGAAUACCUCCUCGCCAAGGAAGGUACCCGGCUAGCGCCAACAGUUGGGUGCCAGAUUAUGCUCUGGAGGAAUCUUGGCUCAGGGACGAGUUCCAUGCACUUUUCCCACACAGGCCCAUGCCAGCCGAGUAUUUCGACGACUGGCUUUUCACACCCACAUUUUCAGCUAGCACAUUCCAGGGGUUCACCUCGGACGAGGAACCGGCACUAGAAGCACGUUCCCCGGAGGGAUCACCCUCGGGGUCUGCCUCAGACCGUUCCUAUUGGUGGGACACUCAACCAGAGGAGCAGUGGCGCAGGAAGUGGUUGGGGGGUCCUUGGCAGGCAACGUCCCCGGAGGAGACCGGGGGAGACGGACAUGGACGUGUUGGGGAGGACCUUGGGUUCGAGCACGGCGGCAAGAGAUGGAAGCAGAGGAAAUUGAGGUCGGCGAGAGCACGGAGGACGAGCCGGACUUAUCCGGCUGGAUGCACGCCACGGGGACGAACUGUAUCCGGCACUCACCCCCACAACGGCGGAGCACCCAGUACCCACACCUGAAGGAGGGGAGGGGAAGGGGGGCUUCGAGGGGGAUGGAUGUCAGGGGUUAAGGAUCAGAGGCACAGGAAAGGGAUGAAAUAGAUAGCGAGGGGAGGAGUCCGAAGGAAAUGUUAGCGAUGACAGCGGUCCGAGGUCUCUGAGUCUUUCCAGCGAAUCGGAAGAUUCACAGAAAGGGGCUCCCUUGGUCAGAGCAAGGGGGUGCCGAGGGGACACCCCAGGAAGAAGGGGCCAGAGGGGACUCAGAGAGCAGCAGUUGGAAAUCAGGACCAGCGUCCACACCAGAGUGCAGUAGGGGGGGAGGAGUCCCAGGCAUCGGGAUCAGGCGGCGCACUGCCAGUGGGAGGACAUGAGUCAGGAUUGGCCACGCCUCCAUCGGGGAGCGAGGAAGCGGUCGAGAGGAAGGUUGAAGGCUGGGCGCGCGCGCAAGUUCAAAUGUACAGGAGGGCGGCGCAGUUGGCAGCCCGGAUAGGGAGCCAGGUCCCAAAGCCCGCCGAAAGAGGGGAGGAGUCAGCGGGGUCAGCGUCAGAAGAAUCCAGGAAGGAAGGGACCCGGGGGUAGCAGGACCCAGAGGAGAAAGGAGAGACGUAAGAGGUGGAGUAAGGCUAGAAUCUUAAACUGGUGUACAGGGGCGGAGACUCAGAUGGAGCUUCGCCGAUCUAACCCCUAGACGUAGAGCUGGGGCGCUCCGGCUUGAAAAUGGAAACUGUACUUCAAUAAAGACUUUUGUACAUUACUGCCGGCUAGCGUUGGUCCUCUGUGAGCUGGGACCUGGAGCCAGCUCUGACAAUAGUGGUUUUCCAUUCAUCCCCCUUCCUUAUUCGUACCAGGUUGUACGCCCCCCUUAGGUCCAGCUUUGUGAAAAUCUUUCCCUUCCGCACCCUUGUCAAAAUGUCGUCAAUCCUGGGCAUAGGGAAGGCCACUGGUUCUGACACUGCAUUUAAGGCCCUGAAGUCACACACCAGCCUCGGCUUGUUCGUGUUUUUUUAUCCACAAAAACACUGGGCUGCCCCCACCGCCCUGGACUCUCUGAUGAACCCUCUCUUCAGGUUCUUGUCAAUGAACUCUCUAACUCCUGCAUCUCUCUGUCUGACAUGGCGUACAGCUUGCCUACAGGGAGCUGUGCUCCAGGAGUAAAUUGAUUUGACAGUCAAAGGGUCUAUGCGGGGUAGUUGGUCAGCUUCCCUUUCGCUGAAGACGUCACGGAGAUCUGCAUAUUGUCGUGGUACCUUCACGUUCUCCGUUACUUCAGUCCCUGCUAGGGUGGCUUGGGCCCCUGCCAAACCCUUUCCCUCUUUGCAGUGUUCUAAGCAAUGUGCUGAACCAAAAGAAACCACUCUCUGAUGCCAGCCCACCAGCGGAUCAUGUAACGCUAGCCAGCUCAUCCCCAAUAUAAUGGGAGCUCCUCCCAAGGUGGCCACAUUAAAAGCUAUCAGUUCGGUGUGCCUUGCUACCUUCAUUAUCAUUGGGACGGUCUGCAAGCUGACUUCUCCUCCCAACAGCUCCCUGCCAUCGAUCGUGGUCACCUGCAGGGGGUUGCUUAAAGGGAUCGUCUGUAUCUGGUGUUCAGCUGCAAACUCUUUGCUCAUGAAAUUGCAGGAGCUGCCUGAGUCCAACAGCGCCUUUAUCUUUAGAGGGUGUCCAUUUGGCAGCUCUAGCGUCACUUCUAUCACUAGGGCGGGUUUAGGAGGUUCUGGCGUGGGCACUCUCACUGCUCUUUGGCCUGGCUGCUGUGCCCCGACAGUGGCAGCCAGGCGUUGGCUUUACUUGCUCCGGUAUUUCUUCCUCUCUUCCAUCCACAGCUCCUACCAUCCCUUGCCAUUCCUUCCUCUGGGGGCAGACUCUGGCAAAGUGACCUGACUGUUGGCAGAGAUAGCAUUUCCGGGCGCCUUUUCCCUCCUUCUUUCCCCCCUCACUGGGCUUUGAAACUGCGCGCGCGCGCUGUUCCGAUUUCCAUCGGCUCUGCCGGCGGGAAAGUUGGCUCUGGAAUGUCUGGAAUGCGGAACUCCUUCCAACGUUCCCCUUUCCCUUCCCGCCUCUCCAAUGCUCUCGCCUCCUGGCGCGCUCCUAUGGUCAGCGCUGAUUUGGUCAGCUGGUCCAUAGACUCCGCCCUGGGCGCCCGGGAAAGUUCGUCUUUCACAGCCGAAGAAAGCCCUUCUUCAAAGAGCAUUUGAAUGGGUUCCGCCGAUAAGUCCCACCCCAAUCUGUGAACAAGCAUGGUGAACUCAGUCCAGUACUCACGGACAGAUCGGCUCCCCUGUUUGCAAGCCAUUAACUGUCUGCGCACCACUCCCUGUUCAAUAUCGCUGGAAAACAUCAGAUCCAUGGCGCGAAAGAACUUCAUCGUGUCCUUUAGGACGUCACUAUUCGCUGCCAUCAGGGGUCUAACCCAGUCUCUCGCCCCUUUUCAAGAUGCUCAAUCACGAAAGCCACUCGUGAUUCCUCGUCAGGGAAUUCAUCAAACUGCAGAUUGAGGGCAUAUUGCAUUUCUGUCCGAAAGCCAUGAUAGUUUUGGGCUCCCCCAAACUUCUGCACCAAUCCUGGUACCUUUCUGGCGAGCUGGGUGGCUUUCCCCUUUUGUCUGCAUCCUGAGCCCUCCUCUCCUCAAGCCUCGCCGUCUGCAUCGCUAGCUGGACCUCCAACACCCGGUACCUUUCUUCCAGGCUUGGACCCGCUCCAGCUCCUGCUUCUCCGGUUCCGGCUGGGUUGCUCAUGAUGCCUUCUCCUGCACAAGCUGCUUUCAAAGACUGUCGGAAUGCUGUGAUGGGAUGAUGAGCUGCUUGUGCGUAAAAUCGUAUCCCCUCAGAGUUUGUUCAAGUCCACAAACCUCUGUCUGUGACGGAGCCCCUCAGACAUGGCUCCUCUAGUCACUAGCAGAUUCCGACAGUGGUUGCUUUCGUAAUCGCUUCCAACAUAAAAGCUCCUUAACGGAAACACGUCUUCUGGACUCUCUGCGUGACAGUUUCCGGCGAGGAGUGGGUGUUCUUACAGGAGGUCCUGAAACCUCCCCACUGUUUUCGCUGGAAGUGUCUCUGAGCCAUCCCUCCAGCUCAGCUCCUCUCCCCUGCUGGUUCCCUCUUCAGCUGCUGAGUCUCUCCCAACCUGUGUGAGCCCUUUCACCUCCCUGCUGGUUCCCUCUUCAGCUGCUGAGUCUCUCCCAACCUGUGUGAGCCCUUUCACCUCCCUUCCGUCCGAUGGCAGUUCCCUGACAAUACGCUUCAGGUUACAGACUCCACUAACCCAGAAAUAUUACCUCAGGUUAAGAACUUUGCUUCAGGAUGAGAACAGAAAUCGUGCAGCAGCAGCAGCAGCAGGAGGCCCCAUUAGCUAAAGUGGUGCUUCAGGUUAAGAACAAUUUCAGGUUAAGUACAGACCUCCAGAACGAAUUAAGUUCUUAACCCAAGGUACCACUGUAGUGUCUUGGUUUGAGAACUUUACCACCUUGGUCUAAGAAUGGAAUCCGAACGGUGGAAGGGCACCGGCGGUGGGAGGCUUCAUUAGGGAAAACGCGCCUUGGUUUAAGAACGGACGUCCGGAACGGAUUAAGUUUGUAAACUGAGAUACCACUGUAUUUAUAAUCCUCUUCAGUGAAGAACAUUGCACAUAAUAAAGCUGUAGACAAAACACAACUGAAAUCCACAAAAACAUAUGAAAUAAUUAUAAUUGAAAGUUGUAGGGAUAGUGUAGCUGUUUGCCUGCCAGCCUUGAACGUAAUCAAUCGAUAAAUGGCAUGGGUCAGUCGGGCUGUGCUAUUCUGUUGGUUGCUUUUUUAAAAUAAUAAUUUUUAUUAGUUUUCAGUUACAACAAUCCAAUAAUAGACUCAUUGUAAGUUGCCAAAUUAUAAUACAAUUAAUAAUACCUAUCAUUGAGAUACCAAAUUAUACAAUUUAGGUGGCCCCCCGCGUGCUAGAAUUGAUGGUUUGAUGAUUUAUCAAUUAUCUUGUCCAUAAUGUUUCUUCCUGUCCUUGUAAUAUAUUGUGUCUAUCAGUUGUUGCUGUUCUCCAUUAUUUCUUGGGCGGAGCGAGUGUCCCAUUGUUGUUUCAUGAGCUCCCCAUUGGUCCGCCCCAGCUUCAUCGUUUUGCAACUUCAGAAGCAGCUGCAAAAAUCACACUGUCCUGAUAAAUAUCCCGUCCUCGCCAUUUUUCUCUCAGCCUGGGAAGGAGAUUGAGCUGUCGAACUUCAAAUACAGUGGUACCUUGGUUCUCAAACUUAAUCCAUUCCAGAAGUCCGUUCCGAAACCAAAGUGUUCCAAAACCAAGGCAUGCUUUCCGGUAGAAAGUAAUGCAAAACGGAUUAAUACGUUGCACACUUUUAAAAACAACCCCUAAAACAACAAUUUAACAUGAAUUUUACUACCCAAUGAGACCAUUGGUCCAUAAAAUGAAAGUAGUAAACAAUGUACUGCAAUCACACAAUCAAUCAAUCAAUCAAUCAAUCAGUAGCUGAACUGGGUUCCACACAGUCACAAAAGCAAAACAAAAGAGCCACAAAAACGCAAAAUAAAUAGCAAAAACAGCGGAAAUAUGGCACUCAGAUCGGAAGCGUAACACUCAAAACGGAGCACGUUCGGCUUCUGAAAUAAGUUCACAAACCGGAACACUUACUUCCGGAUUUGCAGUGUUUGGGUUCCAAGUUGUUUGAGUACCAAGGCGUUUGAGAACCGAGGUACCACUGUAACCUUAUCAACCCCUUGGCAAGCUCGCAAAUUUCUCUCAUCCCUCUGUUCAAGCUGGAUGCUUUUUGUGACACAGUUGAAAACAGUUGCAGAAUGAAACUUCUAAAGGCAAAAGUACAUAACAGUCGUAUCUCUGGCCCCCCAGGUUGCCCAAAUACGCCUGCCACUUCAUAGAGAUGUGCUUGAUGGUGACGGCAGAUCACGGCCCAGCGGUGUCAGGAGCUCAUAACACUAUUGUCUGUGCAAGAGCUGGGAAGGACCUCGUAUCCAGCCUCACCUCGGGCCUGCUCACAAUCGUAAGCAUUGAGCAACAGCCGGGCGAAAGUCGCCAAUGAUGCCUUUGUUGGAAUGUAGCCGAAGUUCUGUGCAGGACAGGCUUCAGCUCCCAUAAUUACAAUGUGCAGAUGGCCUUGCAAUGGGGCGUCCUUUAAUCUGUGUAGCAAAUAUUCUAGAGUGUCUCUUCUAGCAUGACUCUUCUGCCCCCUGUUUGCACUUUUAGUAUUUUAGUAUUAUUUUGAUUUUAGGAUGAUGAUGAUGAUAAUAAUAAUAAUACUAACAAUAAUAAUAACAAUUUAUUAUGUAUAACCCGCCCAUCUGGCUGGGCUUCCCCAGCCACUCUGGUCGGCUUCCAACAAAAUAUUAAAAUACAGUAAUGCAUCAAACUUUAAAAGCUUCCCUAAAGUGGGCUGCCUUCAGAAGUCUUCUAAAAGUCUGGUAGUUGUUGUUCUCUUUGACAUCUGGCGGGAGGGCGUUCCACAGGGCUGGUGCCACUAUCGAGAAGGCCCUCUGCCUGGUUCCCUGUAACUUGGGCUUCUCGCAGUGAGGGAACUGCCAGAAGGCCCUUGGCGCUGGACCCCAGGAUUCCCCCCCCCCCCCACUGCCAGGCUUCGGGGACUCUGCUUCCUCCCCCCCUUUGGCCGUAGAUAAGCAGGACAAAGCAAAAAGAGAUGCUUACCACUUAAAGAGUCUUUAACGAUCACAGCGAAAGAACAAAGCAGCCAUUCUUGGAGUGACGGUGUUCCCAAAUAAGGUUUCUACCUUGCAACCUGAUCUCGCAACCACUGUGCUUUUUGUGUAGCCACUUUAUCUGCUCUGCGUGACCUUGGACUGAUAGGCAGGACACUGUCCGGCGAGAUAGCGUCUGUUAGCUCUCUCUCUUUCUUCCAGUUCUUCUUCACUUUGCUGUUCACCCCCCAGUUCGCCCCAACUUUUGUCUUCAGAACUGUGCCCCUCUGCAAACCAUUGUUCCAAAUCUCUACUGCUCCUGAGCAGCUUCAGGAUCCUGGUCAGGGGGAAGGGGAGGCUCCCACCAUUCCUCAUCAGAGCUGUACUCCUCAGCCUGGUCUCUUGACACCCACCCAUCCCCAGUAGUUUUGGUUUUGGUGUGAGUUUCUUUCUUGUUUGCUGCUAUCCAGGGCGAUAGGUUUGGCGGUGCUCUGGAUGCAGCGGCAAAGAUGUUCAGCAAAGCAUUUGACAGCGGCAUCAUCCCCAUGGAGUUCGUGAACAAGAUGAAGAAAGAAGGGAAGCUGAUCAUGGGCAUUGGGCACCGGGUCAAAUCGGUAGGUGCUGAGAACAGAGUCUGGUAGGGUGAAGUGGGAAAGGGGCACACAACUGCCUGUUCGAAGUUGAGUUCCAAGGGAGGGGUUAUUAAUUGAGACUACUUUUUCCAAAGUGUGCCAUUUCUUUCAUUUCUGUUUUCCAAAUUCGUAGAUCAAUAACCCAGAUAUGAGAGUUCAGAUCCUCAAGGAUUACGUGAAGCAACAUUUCCCUGCGACGCCUCUGCUAGACUAUGCACUGGAAGUGGAAAAAAUUACAACUUCCAAGGUAUCAGCCUUCUCUUUUUCUUUUUCUCCUCCCCCCCUUUUUUUGGGUGACAACUUUUUAAACCUUGGUCUUUUUGUCCUACCCCAUCACUCUGGGAUGUUUAUUUGUUUGCUUAUUAUUAUAUUUAUAUCCCACCUCUCUUCCCAAGGAGCUCACAGUGGUGUAGAUGUUUCCCCUCCCUCUCCAUUUUAUCCUCAGAACAACCCUGUGAGGUAGGGUAGGCUGAGAGGGGGUGACUGGCCCAAGAUCACCCCGUAAACUUCACGGCUGAGUGGGGAUUUGAACCCAAGUCACCCAGGUCCUAGUCCAGUUCUCUUAACUACUGCACCACACUAGUUUUAAGUGUACAUAAAUAUUGUAAGUCCAAAAAAUAAGAGUUACUGGGCUGUUGUUUUAUUUUACUAGCCCAUCUGCCCCAGUAUUCUUACUCCUCAUCACUAGUGGUACAUACAGAGUCUGGGAAAAAGGAUGCGUCUGGUUAGGAUGGAUGGUUGGGAAAGAACUGUGCUGACAACAACAACAACUAUUAUUAUUAUUAUUAUUAUUAUUAUUAUUAUUAUAUGCUGCCCAUCUGACUGGGUUGCCCCAGCCACUGUGGGUGGCUCCCAACAAAAAACAGUAAAAGCACAAUACAACAUCACACACUAAAAACGUCUCCAAACAGGACUCCUUGCAAGCAAUUCUUACUUGCCAUAGGCGACCAGGCAAAUGGUUAUUAACAAGUUGUGCUACAUAAUGGAAGCCUGGACACGAAUAACACCUAGAUGUAAGGAACUGCCAGUGGUCCAGCUAAGCCAGUCAGUUGUCACAGGGGAAUUUUACUGGAGAAGUGAUAAACGAAGCAUGCAAAUAAAAUUAGGAAUAUGAUACAGUCUAAAUCUGGCCUGCAGUUGACUCUCCAGGAUCUCAGGCAAAGUGCUGCUCCCUUCGGAAUAAUAAUAAUAAAAUACAUACAUACAUACAUACCCUGCCCACCUGGCUGGGUUCCCCCAGCCACUCUGGCCAGCUCCCAACAGAAUAAUAAUAAUAAUAAUAAUAAUAAUAAUAAUAAUAAUAAUGUGAUAAAAGAUCAAACAUUAAAAACUUUCCGAUCUAAACUUUCCUAAAUGGGGCUGCCUUCAGAUGUCUUCUAAAAGUUAGAUAGUUGUUUAUUCCUUGACAUCUGGUGGGAGGGUGUUCCCAGAGGGCCGGUUCCACCACCGAGAAGGCCCUCUGCCUGGUUCCCUGUAACCUCACUUCUCGCAGGGAGGGAACCGCCAGAAGGUCCUCAGAGCUGGAGCUCAGUGUCCGGGCAGUGGAGGUGGAGACUCUCCUGCAGGUAUACUGGGCUGAGGCUGUUUAGGGCUUUAAAGGUCAGCACCAACACUUUGAACUGUGCCUGGAAACAUACUGGGAGCCAAUGCAGGUCUUUCAGGACCGGUGUUAUGUGGUCUCGGCAGCCACCCCCAGUCACCAGUCUAGCUGCUGCAUUCUGGAUUAAUUGUAGUUUCCGGGUCACCUUCAAAAGUGGCCCCACGUAGAGCGCAUUGCAGUAUUCAACUGUAGGUGCAAGGGACCGGACCUGAGAAUCUCAGGUUCUUCCCAUGGCCCAGCCCUUGUUUUCAUAUUCUGUAGGCAAUGUUUUCUGUACAGCUUAGAACCUGAAAGCUGUGGUACCUCUUGCUGUGGAGAAUCUCAGGAAUAGGAGCUCUAUGGCAGUGCCAGGGAUCCCUUUAAAGGCUGUGUUCACUCACUCCUCCACAGGUGACUAAACUUAGGUUUUUUAAUUUCAGCGGGUCCACUCUAAGUAGAUUUGUAUGUCCCCAGCCAGAGAGAUCAGUUGAUAAACGCCUCACAAUUUAUCACUGAAAUACUUCCAGCUGAAUUCAAGUCCCUGCAUGUUGCUACAAUCUCUUGAAUCAAGAAGCUUAACUUUUCCAUCCCUCCCCCUACCCUUUUCUUCCACCCCAGAAACCCAACCUCAUCCUCAAUGUCGAUGGGUUCAUUGGUGUGGCCUUUGUUGAUGUGCUCAGGAACUGUGGCUCCUUCACACGGUGAGCAGUCUAUUAUUCUCCAGCUGCGUCUGUAUUGUGGUUCAGAAGUUUGGUUAUGGUGAAUCGCCCUGAUCAAAUGAGACAACUGCUCCCAAGCAUCUUGGGUGCAAGUGAGUUGAAGUAAACCCAAUAGGUAGAAGCUGUAGUUUAGAGUCGGAGCAUGUGCGAGACUGCAGUCAAUCUGAUUAAUUAUUUUAUUAGCCACAGGCAGGCUUAAAUAGCAUCUUUUGAUGCCCCAGUUGCCACCUCAGAUGCAAAAGGGGUAUGUGGAGACAGUGCAAAAGAAGAGCCUGCUGAAUCAGGCCAGUGGCCCAUGUAGUUUAGCAUCCGUUCUCACAGUUUCCCAACAGAUUCAUGUGGAAAAACCCGCGAACAGGACCCAAGCACAGGAGCGCUCUCCCCCCCUGCAGUUUCUAGCCUCUGGUAUACAGGACGUGGGUGGUGCUGCCGUCUAAACCACUGAGCCUCUUGGGCCUGCUGAUCAAAAGGUUGGCGGUUCGAAACCCCGCGACAGAGUGAACUCGCGUUGCUCUGUCCCAGCUCCUGCCAACCUAGCAGUUCAAAAGUACACCAGUGUGAGUAGAUAAAUAGGUACCACUGCAACAGGAAGGUAGAAGGCGUUUCUGUGUGCUCUGGCUUCCGUCACGGUGUCCUGUUGCGCCAGAAGCGGUUUAGUCCUGCUGGCCACAUGACCCGGAAAGCUGUCUGUGGACAAACACCGUCUCCCUCGGCCUGAAAAUGAGAUGAGUGCCGCAACCCCAUAGGCACCUUUGACUGCACUUAACCAUCCAGGGGUCCUGACCUGUAGGUCCAGUUGUGGCUGACUCUGGGGUUGCGGCGCUCAUCUCACUUUAUUGGCCGAGGGAGCCGGCGUACAGUUUCCGGGUCAUAUGGCCAGCAUGACUAAGCCGCUUCUGGUAAACCAGAGCAGCGCAUGGAGACACUGCUUACCUUUCCGCAGGAGCGGUACCUGUUUAUCUACUUGCACAUUGACGUGCUUUUGAACUGCUGGGUUGGCAGGAGCAGGGACCGAGCAACGGGAGCUCACCCUGUUGCGGGGAUUCAAACCGCCGACCUUCUGAUCGGCAAGUCCUAGGCUCUGUGGUUUUAACCCACAGCGCCACCCGCAUCCCAAAACUGCAAAACAAGAACUUGCAAAAGGGGUCCUUUACCUUUUACCUUAUUCAGAACCACUGCUGGCUGCAACCAUGGAGGCAGAGCAUAGUGAUCAUUGUUAGUAGCCUUGAGUUUGUCCAAUCCUCUUUUAAGGCCACACAAACAGGAGUGUUUGUGUUGGAGGGAAGGUACACUGCUGCCAUGUGAGGUAUGAAAUGGCCUUUGCAUUUGUAAGAACUGUUUGCACUGUCCCAAGUACAAAGUAAGAUGGAAACAACUCCAGCGGCUAGAGCAUCCUUCCCUGACCUCGUGCCUUCCAGAUCAUGUUGGACUCCCAAGUCUCCUCAGCCCCAGUCAGCAUGGUUAAUGGUCUGGGAUGAUGGGAAUUGUAGUUCAGCAACUUCUAGAGGGCACCACACGAGUUACACCUGGUUUACCCAGACCCGCAGCAACCCUCCAAGGUCUCAGACAGAGGCCUUUCCUGUUCCUGCUUCCUGUGAUCCUUGUGAACCCUCCCCAUACCAUGCGGUUGCCCGGUCACUGAGCUAAAGUAUAUUAGAAGCUUCCAUCAUUAAAAAAAAAAAAAUCCAUUGUCAACAGCUGAGUUGCAGCGGGGCCUAAGGGAUAGUAGGUUUGCACAACCAAACAAUUUCAACAUAGAAGUAUGGUCACUCAUGUUACCUUGACUGGGUUGUGAUGGGAAAGCUCGUUUAAAUGUCAGGAAAAAGAGCGUCUCAUCUCUGGCAACUGCUCUUGCCUCCAUCUUGAUUUUUUUUAGAACCAGGAUUCUGUGGUAUGUGUCAGAUGGGAGCAGGGGUGGCUUCUAUGUGGCUUUUAUAUGUUAACCAGCCUCUGAAAAUAUGCAAUGCAAUAGGAUUAAUGUUUUAAGCAAGAACUGCUUGGUUUGUAUUGCAGGGAAGAAGCUGAUGAAUAUAUUGACAUUGGUGCCCUCAAUGGCAUUUUUGUGCUUGGUAGAAGUAUGGGGUUCAUAGGUAAGUCUUAAAGCACAAGUUUUCUUCCAUAAGGCAGCGGGGCUGGGCUGGACGGAUUUUUAUACCAGGGUGGAGAACUUCAGGCCUGCGUGCGAACUCAGGCCCACCAAGCCUCCCUAUGGCCCGUGAGGAUAGUUUGGCCAAGCCACACACACCCUUACCUAUUGCCUGACUAGUUGUACAGUGGUACCUCGGGUUACAGACGCUUCAGCUUACAGACUCCGCUAACCCAGAAAUAUUACUUCAGGUUAAGAACUUUGCUUCAGGAUGAGAACAGAAGUUGUGCGGCGGCGGCACAGCGGCAGCAGGAGGCCCCAUUAGCUAAAGUGGUACCUCAGGUUAAGAACAGUUUCAGGUUAAGAACGGACCUCCAGAACGAAUUAAGUUCUUAACCCGAGGUACCACUGUAUAUGACGUCUGGUAAAAGGCAGGGUUUGGACAAAAGAGGCUCUGGCAGCCCUCAUUGUCAGGGCUAGGGAAAUAUUGCUUAGAGGGCUUCCUCAGUGCCGAGAAACUGCCGAUCAUCAGUGCUUGGGGACACAAAAACACAAAACGUUUUUUGCCCUCAGUAGUUUGAUUCCUAACUGUACGGACCAGAAACGGGUCAUCUUGACACCACUGUGUCAGACUUGGCUUGACCCACCUGUCAGCCUGGGCCUGUCAGGAGUUCAGCCUACACUUGAGCAGGACCCUGGCAGAGACACAUGCCCGACUGGCAUGUUCCCUCCCUCCUAGUCGAUUGUUCGGGAGCUUCAUAAGCUUUCUUCAGCCCGAACAUCACAGCAACCGAUGCCAACUGACACCGGCACACUUAGGGAUCCGCGGAGUUUGUGCACCAUGCGCGUGACAGACCUCAGUAACUCAGCAUUUUGGCUGGUCUACUUUAUUUACAUAUAAACAUACACGGAGCACUGCAACAUGGCUCCCUCUCUCUCUAGCAUCAGAUAGCAAAGAGAAAAAGAGCAAAGGACAAUAGUCCCAUUUCACGGAACACAGUAACACAAACAUCCUGUCUCCGUCACUUCCCACUCUGUGGAGUCAAAACAUACACCGUCAUGUGAAAGACAACAAUCCUAUGACUGCAAUCACGGAGCAGGAAUUCUAACAGGGGGUAUGGAGAUAAGGAUCUGCCGCAGCCAGCUGCUUUGAUGCCACCUGAGCUCAUCUGCGCUGCAGAGCUGCAAAAACACAUUCUUGCUAGGCUGUACGUUGCAAACCUUGACCCAUCUGCAAGGGGAUGGUCAGAUUGUUCUGUACCUGUCUCCUCUUCCAUCCAAGUUGCCCAUCCCAAGCUGCAGAGCAGCGACAGCCUUCCACCUGCUUCUAGGCCCCUCUCCUACAUAGGGCUGGCAAAAACCUGUGUCGUCCCCACAGUUCCUUUGAGACAAAAAACACCUUUGCACAAAAGGGGUGGCAGGAAGCUGUUGCAGACCUGUCCAACAGAUGCUGCGGUUAAGAGUGGUAGAGUUGUGUUUUGGGUCUUCACCUCUUGCUCAGCAGCAACUGGGACUGUGCUUUGGAGUGGGAAGAAUUUUAAUUUCUCCUGUUUUAGUUAUUUUUUUAUUUUAUUUUAAGGAAACGUUUCAAUUGAAUCUGAAAGAUUGUACACAGUAAGAACCCUCUGUGUUAAUUUCAGGGCAUUACCUGGACCAGAAGAGGCUGAAGCAGGGUUUGUACCGUCACCCUUGGGACGACAUCUCCUAUGUUUUGCCGGAACAUAUGACCAUGUGA